GCGGACUCUGAUGAUGAGGAUUUUGACUUGAUUCAGCCAUCGCUGAUCCAGCAAUUAAGAAAAAUCUUAGAUGAAUACCCAGACGACGGACAGGUCUUGAAGGUAAAGUAACCUUUUUUGCCAAUAUACCCUAGCAAAUUAGCAAAUGAAUAUUAUUAUGAAAAAUAACCUUAAUCUUAGAGCGAAGUUAAAGUGUAAGAAACUAUUCUCAUUAAUCAGGGCAAGCUUUAAGAGACUGGGGCUCAAGUUCAUUAAAAAUCUUUUCGCCUCUAAAAAGAAAGGUCCUUCUCCCUGCCUCCCUCUCAGGCACUUCGUUUUCACGCAGAGGCGAGCGCGAAAUACGAGGGACUGGUGACGAAGCACAAGGGCCCAUGUGGGAAGGAGAAAGCACAGUUGAGAGACUUCUGUGUACGAGGCAGUCCUUCUCCGAUAAUUUUAUCCAGACAGAUCUAUUAAAUUGACGCUGUAGUCUAUCCAUGUCAUGCUGUAGUUUCCAGUUGCUCCAAACGAUGUCACAAUAAUCAAAUAAUGGAAGAUAAUGUUUACUUUUUUUCUUAGAGUAGUAAUCUUUAUACUGUUGACGGUUCCUCAAUAAUACCCACGCAUUGCUCUGUAGACUAGUUGGAUGUCUUUUGUUUUUCAUUUUCAAGGAACUUAUUCAAAAUGCGGAAGAUGCAGAUGCCACACAAGUCAAAUUCCUGCACGACAAACACAGCUAUGGAACAGAUAAGCUCUAUAAUGAGGAACUGGCAAAAUUUCAGGUACCGCCUUCUCAGUUCGUUUUCACCUUAAACAUGACCAAAGUGCCUAGACAUGAGUUUCGUAGAUAGUCUAUCACAAUGACUUUCCAAUCCACCCUGCUCGUCCUUUUUUUCAAGACAGCCCCCCUAAAUCUCUACCGGCCUUCUCUAACUUUCCGACCUUCUUGCCUCAAACAAAUUGUUCUUUUUUUAUGUAGUCAUUCUCACUCCCUCUUCUGAGUAAAUGGCCUGACAAACUCAACAUCCUACGCCCAACCGCACCCACAACUCAUGCCGAUGCCGUCGUAAGCUUUUGAUAAAGUUGCGAAAUAAAGCUAUAUAGCUCGGUGGACACUCUGUUGAUGGCCACUUCACCGUAGCGGGGGGUCUUGCUCUAGUCCUGGCAGAUAUAUUCAUCCUUGUUUCAAGGUCUUUUAAACGGCCUUCUUCCCUACGGCCCUCUGUGUCUGUUCUCAAGAUGAGCCUUUUGAAAAGGUUCGACUAUAUUUGUGACGUCAUAUCAAAGGCAUACAAAAAAAUAUGAGUUAAGGAACUUAUAUCCCUUUACUCGUAUUCAGGGUCCAGCACUUUAUGCCUGCAACAACUCGAAAUUUACCAAAGAAGAUUGGAGAGGCAUCCGUUUGGUCUGUGAUAGCAUCAAAGUGGAGGAUCCCAUGAAAGUCGGUCGCUUUGGUUUGGGAUUCAAAUCUGUUUUUCACAUGACAGGUAACGCAAAAUACCUUCCAAGUAAGCCAAAAAUAAAAAUUGUUUUUUGGCGUUUUUUUUUUUAUCGGUUGCGUUAUCUGCUCCAAAAACGGUACAAAAGCGUGGCGACCUGCAAUCUGCCAUGUCAGCGUUGCGCGAAACCACUUAGAUGUCGUCAUCCUGACAACGACACUACAUUGAGGUAGUAGUUCAUACGACUUACUCAAGGCUUACAAAAAUCGGUAGGUGGCCUGAACUGACGCAAAGCUGCUAUGUUUGAAAAAAGGGUAGCUGUAACCAGACUUUACAGGCCUUUGUAUCUAAACUAUUCAAUAUACCGUAUUGAGACCUUAUCAGUAGGAAAAUGUCUGUAAUAGGUAGGUGUCGUCCCAUUACAGUGGUGUCUGUAAUAGAGAGGUGUCAGGAUGGUGAGGUUCGAAAGUGAUGCAUAUUAUUAAAGUUUAGUAAUUUACUUAUACGUACGUGGCUCUUUCUCAACUCAGAUUUGCCAAGCUUGAUCAGUGAUUCGCGGAUUGGCUUUAUUGAUCCUCAUGGCGUUCAUUUUUCGGACAGGCGUCGCAUACGAACAGGGAAGUACUGGCGAUUUGACGAAGACCGUGCGACCAUCGAUACGUUUUCUGACCAAUUCCUUCCUUAUAAAGGCAUAUUUAACUGCACAGAUGAAGUUUUCUCCCAGGGAUUCUACGAUGGAACUCUAUUCCGUUUUCCCUUCAGACAGGAAACCUCGGACCUUUCAGAAACACUGUACAACGCAGAUAAGAUGACGACGUUGUUUGACAGUUUCAAAGCCGAUGCUCCCUUAAUACUCCUGUUUUUGCAGAGUCUGGAAUCUGUUGAGCUUUAUACCAGAGAGGAAUCAGAGUCCAGCCCCAGAAGAAUCUUUCAAGUGAAGAUUGCGGAGAAAUGCCUCACAACAGUUCGUGGGAAGAGAAAGGAGUUUCUGAAAAAAAUAACACCUGGUAAAGUGAUGCCCGAACCAGUCACUGUGAGUUACCCAGUGACCAUUGAAACAAUAAACUGCGAGACGCACUUGACAGAGAAACACUCAUUCUUUGUUACAAACUACUUCUGUGGUGGGCAAGUAUCUUCAACGUUCAAGAAGUUGAUGACAGAUAAGGAUCUCAGCUAUCUCCCCACAGUUGGUGUUGCUAUGGCAUUGCCAGGCGGUCCACAGUUGCAGACGCCUGAUAUCAAAGGCCACGUCUUUUGUUUCUUGCCGUUACCAAUCCAGACGAAAAGCUUAACUGGUUUGCCUGUGCACGUCAAUGGUUUCUUCGCUUUGAGUCAGAAUAGGCGUUACAUUAAGUCUCCAAAUGCAGAUCAAGAAUAUCGCCAGAAGGCAAGACGUAAGAUGACUGAUAAGUCCUUGUUAUGGAACAAGUGUCUUCUCGAAGAAGCCCUUCCCAAGGCGUACGUCACCAUGAUUUUGGAAGCCAUAAAGGAGAAGUCUGUUUUCAUUUCCAGGACCGCUAUCUAUAAGUAAGCAAUAACAUGCCUAAAUACAGCCCUAAUCAACUUUGUUUGCCACUCAGUUUCAUUACUCCUGUAAAAGAUUCAUCUUCAAUCGUACGAUUCUCGAAAAAGAAUCGCUUACUUGCGUAUACUUGAAAGAUCUCAACGAGAUAUUUGGUGAAAUAGAAAAAAGCAGCAUGUCCUUCUAUCUUCAACAGAAAGUGGAGCAAAUGCAAUUACUGUUUCUGAGUUGUUAGGUCAAGCAAAUGACGUCUGUUGGAUGGAUAGAGACGUCUUCAUUUUCUGUGCAGUUUCCGCGAUCAAAGUCGUAGUCAGUCGUCCUGACUGAAGUUUCUUUUUAUAAAAAAAAGCAAAUUUUUUUCAACUCCAACUUAAGUAUACGGGAUAAGAUUAACAAUGAAUGAUAAUCCUUAAAUUAUAUUCAGAGAACGUAACAUAAGAGUUUGUCGAAAUGAAUUGACACUUAGCUGAAAAGCUACUCAGUUUUACUGGAAAACUCUGAAAAGAAUACUUGCAAUAAAAAGAUUAAAUCCUACUUACUAAAAAAUUAUAUUGUAUUAGAAUAAGACUAUAACACCUUCAAAUAUACUUGUAAUUAAAGUGAAACUCUUACAAAUCAUUGUUAUCUGAGCUUAGAGGAUUUCUAUAUUCACUGUGCUGUGCGCAUUAACUGAAUAAGUAUGGCAGGUCUCUCAUAAACCACCACCUACAGCGAAAGUGUGAUCUCUUUUUGUUGUUGUUGUUCAUAUAAGGAGGUAUUGCUCAUUCAAGGUAAAGAAAACCGGGAGUCGCAAUAAGUACGCGCAUUUUGUAUCUCGUUUCAGAGCGUGGCCUGAUAUCAACAUUAUAGACAAGCAGUGGAAAGGGCUUGAGGAACCUUUAUUUCGGUUGCUUUUGGCAAAGAACGUUGUUCACACAGAAGCAAAAGGUGGCAGAUGGCUGACAGUUUCAGAAGCGCUUUUUCAGCGUGGAACAGACCGCGAAGAAUAUCAGCUGCUUCUUGAGGUUCUGCUAUCAGUCGGUGUCCCUGCUAUCACUGUACCAAGUCAUGUGCUGCAGGCUGUGGAUAUCUAUGCACCAGGUCAGAAGGAAAUCACGCCUCCUCUGACAAGACAUGUAUUAAGAAAGGUACCCUCAUGCUACACCAGUCUUGAUAAGACGGAGAAGUUGCUACUUCUCCAGUUCUGUCUCAGUGAUCAUCUUUUCGAAGAUCUGGAUAACCUAAAGCUUCUACCAUUAGCCAACGGAACUUUUGCCAAAUUUGACAGUCACACUUCCACAGUUUACAUAACCUCUCCAGAACAUCCUCAAGAACUGUUUCCAGACAUACCUGAAAAAUUUUUGCGGAAAGAUUUAGAAGAAGAUAUUCUUCAAAACCUAAGAAGUGCAGCUUCUGAAGGUAGGCAUAAUAAUAAUUAAAAAAUAGUAAUACAGGACGUCGGCAUCACCCAUGGGUGGUUUUCAGACGAAACCUGUCACUAAGUUAAAACCAUACUAAACAAUAAAAACACUUAGUACGUAAAAUAGAUAGUAAAAAGUACAUAGUCUCAUUUUCUCUAACAAAAUUAUGCUAAAAGAUGUAAAACAGCGUUUCUAAAAACUGCGAAUACUUUCACUGUUUCUGACUUUAAGAGGAAUAUCGUUCCAUUCUUUGAAUAGAAGAUAUGAAGAACGUAGUUGGCCUUUACUACAACGAGGUCUAUCAUUUUUCAAAUCACUGGCAUGAGGCGUUUGGUAAUAGUGGACUGAAGACCCAGUGCUAAAAUUGAUGAUUGUGAUCCGAAAGGCCAUUAAGGUUCUUUUAAAAAUAUUGACACGCCGAUGAAUGUCCGGUCGAACCCGAAGAUUGAUCCACCUAAGUUCGAGAAACGCCUGAGUAGAUGACGAGUGUACACAACGAUUAAGAACAAUCUUAGCCGCCUUAUUGUGCAGUACCUGGAGGGAAUCCAUCAACACUUUAUUAUUCCUAUCACCUCAGAUAAUAUCACAGUAAUAAAAAAACGGUGAUACCAUGGUACUAACAAAUACAUUACGAGCAUAGAUUGGAACCAGAUGCUUAAUCCUAUGCAGAUCGCCAAGUCUUUGAUUAACCUUCUUGCUCACAAAAUCAAUAUCAAUGAUUAGCCCAAAAGAGAUUUUUGUUAAUCAUUAUUCUCAAACACUUAAACGUACAUUCUCUUUCCAAGAUACGGUCAGCUUAAAAUGUUAGACUUGGACGUGUUGAGAGUAAGUUUGUUUUCUUCCAGCCAGGCCACAUUCGUCGGGUCAAUAUUUAGCUUGUGCUGCAAAUAUUCUAAGCAGGAGGAAGAAUAGCACAGCGCUGCGUCAUCAGCAAAUAAGGGUAUAGGUGCAUACUGUAAGGCCUUGUGGAUAUCAUUAAUGUACAUAAAAAAACAAUAACGGUUCUAAAAUGGGCCAGUGGAGAACAAGCACAGUCACGCGUCGACUGUUAGAAAGAGAUCGACCCAAUGAAGUCAGAAGGCGUCUCAUUACUUGUUAUUUCUUCCGAUAUUAAGUUCAAUUCGUACUUAGGAAGGCCAAUUUUGAACCAAUCCUAAAUCGAGCCAUCCGCUGGAGCACUUCUUUCUUGGCGUUUUAGUUUAGGUUUCUUUUCUUUGAUAAAGAGCAUUUUGCAAAUAACGCAAUCCAGCUUUCCACGGCAUUUUUUCAGGGUUUUCAUCGCCAAAUGUUUAUAUUCGUUGAGACAUUUUAAAAGGUUGAGGCAUGUUUAGCCUACAUAUAUAACUCGCGUCAUAAUAGAAAAUCAAUAAGAUUGCUAAGCGUUUUUUUUUUUCAAACGGACGUGCUAAUGAUUAUUGUGUUUAAACACACUAGGACAAACUCAACUACAACUCCUUAGAAGUCAUCACGUACCUGAACUUCUUUGGCAGUCGCUUCCGCAAGACUGGAAGAAAGGCGACUCAAUCUUGUGGUAUCCAGAUAGCCCCAGUCACCAUCAUCCUUCACGGACGUGGAUUCAUUCGCUCUGGAAUUAUCUGCAACGCCAUUUUACAACUGAGAGGGAUAUUCGAAAACUCGAAGGACUACCUCUGAUCCCACUGAGUAUGUCUCAGACACCUGUUACCUUAACUCGUCUCUGCCGCCCAAGUAGGACUGUUGUCAAACAGUUGAAUGACGAAUGUAUUGAUGAAAUCUUGGCAACUGUGUUAAAAAGGCUCUGCGUUAUUGUACUGCAUGGUCUGCCGACGUUCAUAAGCUACCAUCCAGGUGUUGUGGGAACCUAUGUGAAUUUACCAACUGUCCCGGGCGCUGUGAAAGCAAUGAUGACAACUGCCUCAUCUUUGCCCUCAGGAAGAUUUCUAGAAAUUAUUCAAAAAGAAGUUUCCAUUAAAGAAAAGCUUUCUUUGAGAUCAUUUCUUGCAAAUGUCCGACCAUCUGACGUAGUAAAGGAGGGAUAUAGCGCCUUCUUGUGCUCCCUUCCCAUUUUUGAGACUCUCUUCAAGAGGUUCGUUUCAAAGAAUGAUGGCUUAAGUGCUGCGCGUGUUAAAGCUCUUCCGGUUCCCCCACUGCAUGAUCUUAUUGAUAUUUCAAACGACGAUUCCAGGAUUUUAGCACAACUCUUAGAAAUCAGGAUUCUACAGCCUAUUGAUGUUCUCUGCAAAAUGAUCUUUCCGGACAUAAAUGAAGGACACUACAAUGACGAACAAAUUGAUAAGGUGAUGUUCUACGUGCUUGGAUGUUUUACACAUACUAUCCUUCAAAAUGAUAGCUUCAAGCGGCAAGUACAAGCUUUAUCCUUUGUCCCAAAGAAGAGAGAACGGGUUAUGGCGUCAGGUGUGUUUGAUCCCAGAAACGACACACUGAAAAGGAUAUUUGCCCAAGAAGACGUCUUUCCCGUUGGUGAAAUGUACAAUGAACCAACCACACUCGUUAUUUUGGAGAAGCUUGGAAUGAAAAACGAAUCCAACGUCACUGCCAGAGACCUCUUUCACAGUGCUAAUCAAAUAAGCAGACUUUCACAACACCAAACAGCAAUACAGAAGUCUAAGGCAAUUUUACACCAUCUGAACACUCAUCCCAAGAUGCUGAGGGAAACAGUCGAUGGAAAAGAGCUGGGAUUGUUACUGAUGAAAAUUCAGUGGCUCACACGAUUGAGACAGAAAGCAUCACGUUUUCCUCCUUCGCUUGCGUUGUGGAAAACUAAAGAAGGAUAUGAAUGCUUUUUCAAGCCAACUGAGCUGAAGAGUCCUGCACUGGUGAAUCUCAUUGGAACUGUUAAGCCCGUUGUAGAGCUAGAGCCAUUACAUGAAGUUUCUGAGUACUUUGGCUGGCAAAAGCUCUUUUUCUCUGAUGUCGCAUUGCAGCUGCGAAAUGUAAUACAUUGUUAUUCCAAAGACGAGAAACCAUGUUACAUGGUUAUAUUAAACGAAAUUUACUCCUUCCUCAGUCGUGGAAACUACCAAACCUUAACUGACGCAUUUCAGAGAGCAGGCAUCGUCAACUGGGUAUGGAAUGGAGAUGGCUUUUCCUCACCUGACCAAAUGCUUUCCAGUAAACCACGUAUUGAUCUUGCGCCCUACAUACGUCCUCUUCCCUCUGAGCUGAAGAGGUUCAUCCUCCUUUUUGGUUGUUUUGGAGUUAAAUCACAGAGUGAUUCAACUAUCCUAUUACAAGUUCUCCACGCGAUCAAAAAAAAGUAUGACUUUGGACUGUCGUCAUUGUCAGAUUCUGAGGUACAUCACGACGUACAGUUAUCUGUUGGCAUAUUAAACGAGUUAGCACAAGAAGAAUUACCCCCAGAUAUUCAGGAGAAGAUUGUGAUUCCUAUUUACAUCGACGACAACAAAUAUGUACGACUUGAGCCAGUGGAGCGCUGCAUGUACAGUGAAGAGAGCGAUUGGCUGAUGAACGGAGGCGACGAUGAAGAUAUGGACUACUUCUAUGCGCACCCCAAUGUUCCUCACCUCACUGCUCAAAGUCUUGGGGUUCCUUCUCUUACAAAUCGAAUGUUGGAUCCUGACGAGCUGUUCAUAGGAGAACCAUUUGGCCAGCAUGAAAAGCUUACUACUCGUCUUAAUAAACUAUUAGACGACUACACCGAUGGAUUUGCAGUGCCAAAAGAGCUCAUUCAAAACGCAGAUGAUGCAGGUGCUACUGAGGUUAGAUUUCUUUACGAUGAGCGAACUAAUCAGGAUGCCAUAACCUGCCUCCUUGACGAAGGGAUGAAAAGCUGUCAUGGUCCCGCUUUAUGGGUGUACAACGAUGCAACGUUUAAAGAUCAAGACUUUGUUAACAUCACGAAACUAAAUGAAGCAACCAAAGCGCAAGACACCGUAAAGAUCGGCAGAUUUGGACUUGGAUUCAAUGCAGUGUACAACCUGACAGAUGUGCCCAUGUUCGUCAGUAAGAACUUUUUGGCCAUUUUUGAUCCUCAUACUUCAUACCUGGGAAAGGUGAUCAGAAACAAAGGAAGACCAGGAAUUAAAAUCAAUCUAAACAAAAACGUCAAAGGACUGAGAAAAUUCAAAAAUCAGUUUAAGCCCUUUAAUGGCAUCUUUGGCUGUGAUUUACAUCUUGAUAAACAGGACAAUUCAUUUGAUGGAACCCUUUUUCGAUUUCCACUGCGGACGAGAGAUCAGGCUUCAGCGAGUGAAAUUAAGAACUUAUGGUACAACCAGCAGCAGAUGCAAGAAUUGUUGAAAAUGUUUCUCCGCGGAGCUAAGAAUGUACUUCUUUUCACGCAAAAUGUUCUGCGUGUUGGAUUUUAUCACAUGCCGAACACGGAAAGCCAAGAUCCGCAACCCACACUGAUGUUUCAGAUCACGAAAUCAGCAUCCCAUUCUGGAAUCCUAAGAGAACUGUCUUUUACAUUUACUCGUUUUCCAACUGCAUUUAAGCUUUCUCCAGAGGAAAUGGGUUUUCUUCAACAGUGCAACUUUCUUCAAGCUUCAUCAAAAAGCAAGAUGUUGGCACAUGGCACAAAAGUCGACCCCACGAAGCUUCCAAAGUCGUCCAUGAUAAUUGACGUCGAGUGCAGGUUAACAAAAAGUGGUUCUGAUUUCCUUCAUGGCGGUUUCCAUACGGAAAAGCUAACAUGGCUCAUUGUUUCGUCUAUGGGGAAUGGCCAAGCCCUGAACUUUGCAAAUGACGAUGCCAGUCUUCUUCCAUCAGCGGGAGCAGCCGUUCAGUUGCUGCCAAAAGAGUCAAACUCUUUCUUGCCCUUGCCAGUUUCGAACACAUUCAAUGGUUUGGAUCUCAAAGGCACUAUAUUCUGCUAUCUGCCACUACCAAUUCACAGUGGUCUACCAGUUCACAUAAAUGGGGCAUUCGCCUUAGCCUCGAAUAGGCGCCAUUUGCAAAUGAAAUUGGAAGGCGAUAUGCCGUGCCAUGGAGUGGAAUGGAACAAUGUGCUGCUACAAGACUCCGUGGUGUCUGCUUUCUUAGAUCUUCUCGAAGAUAUGAAAGGUCUCUCUCCCAAAGAUGGCUCAUACAAGUUCCAUUGUUUAUGGCCAAAGACGUCAGAAGUUGAACGAGAUUACUUGCCACUCGUUGUGUCGUUCUACACACAACUCAGCAGGGGUCGCUAUUCUCUUUUCUCUAAUGGAAAACAAUGGGCUGACAUCAAGCAAGUCAUUUUCCUCGAUCCAUAUUUCCGGAAAAAGCCCUACGUCGGGAAGGCUGCGAAUGAGGUUCUAAAAAUGUGUCACAGGGGGAGAGAAAUAGUCAUAGACUUACCUUCCGAUAUUUUGCAUUCUUUCGAACACUGUCGCCUGGAGAAAGUAAUCGGUACUAGAAAAUAUAGCAAGAACAAAUUUUUUCUUGAAGUUUUCUUUCCAAACGUUCACGUUCUCCCUGCCAAUCUUAGAGAUGUCCUGACUCUACAUGCUUUAGAUGACAGAAAUGGGGAGUUCUUUGACUUGAUAAGGCUGCACCCUUGUGUCCCAUCUUCACCAACUGGUAACACUCUAAUGACUCCUAGCCAACUCGUUCAUCCAUACGGAGAAGCAGCGUCACUAUUUUCCCCUGACGAUGGUAGAUUUCCUUAUGGAACUGAAGAAUCGUAUGCUCACCCACAAAGGCUGACCAAACUUGUAGAACUGGGAAUGUCAUUGAAUGAUCUUCCUUGGUCCGAGCUAUCAGAAAGAGCCGAAAGCAUCCAACAGAUAAAUUCAGUUAGCACUAAAGAGGCAUUAACCCGCGUAACGGUAUUGUUAUCUUUUAUGGAGAAGAAAUUAAUUCACCAAGGCAAACCUGUAACUCAGAUUUCUACUCGCCUGUUAAACGCUAAAUUUCUACCCAUUCUUCCAAAACCAAGAGAAUUUCCUCUUCCGUGGAAAGGAGAAGAACUUCUACAAAAUUCGAAAGUACUGCUAGCACCUAACGAAGCCUUCCUAGAGGAGGAAAAGUUCUUAGUUUGCUGCACAGAACCUGUAAUUGGCGUUUCAGUACCAAAAAAAUUAAGAAGCCUGUUACAUCUGGAUGAAAAGGGAAUCACAUUGAAUCAUGUGGUACAACAACUGACAGCAGCAGUGUCCGUCAAAGUAGAUCUGCUUAAUACAACCGAGUACAAGGAACUGCGCCUCGUCUGUACCAAUCUUUAUUCAUGUCUUCAGAACUCUCUCGACCAUUACAGUGAUGAAAUCAUAGCAUUUCUUAAAGGAAUAAGUUUUAUUCUUGUCGAUAGGAGGUUUCUUUCUUCAAAUCAGGUUGCAUUUACAUUGCCUGUUGAUUGCGCUCCGUAUCUGUUCCAAAUUACGCAUGAAUUGGCAUUGUCUUUUACCCCAUUACUGAGAGCAGUUGGUGUUAAGAACAAAUUCGAUGAACAGAAUUACAUUUCAAGCCUACAGAAAAUAAAGGAACGAGUUAGAGAACAGCCCUUGGAUGAGCAAAACCUUCAAGUUGCAACACAUCUCGCAAAGCUACUAGGUGAAACUAUCGAUCCAGCUAAAACAAACCGACAGUGGGAAAUGAUAUACCUCCCCGAUUCCAGAGGACUAAUGCGGCCUGUAUCGGACCUUUGUGUUAGAGACUGCAUCUGGUUACCAGACGAAGAGGGAGUGAACUUUGUGAAUGACAAAAUUCCUUGGCCAAUAAGCUGGAAGCUAGGAGUUAAAACACGAAAGCAAGAAGCCCUGAGAACUCAUGUAUCUAGAAUUCCCUUUGGGCAGCGAGAGAAACUCGCAAACCGCUUGAAAAGAAUUUUAACAGGUUAUCCUUGUGAAAAGGAAAUUUUGAAAGAACUCCUUCAAAAUGCUGAUGAUGCACAGGCAACUGAGGUUUGGUUCAUUAAAGAUCCUCGACACUAUCAAGAUGAAAAAGUUUUUGAAGACAUUUGGAAGCCUCUUCAAGGUCCUGCGUUAUGUGUGUAUAACAACAAGCCUUUCAGAAAUGAAGACAUUGAGGGAAUACGCAACUUAGGCGAAGGCAGUAAAGGAGAUGAUCCCAACAAGACUGGCCAGUAUGGAGUUGGAUUUAAUGCUGUUUACCACUUGACUGAUGUACCCUCUUUUAUGACAAAAGUUGAGGAUAUUGGAGAGGUUUUGUGCGUAUUUGACCCAAACUGCAGAUAUGUUCCUAACGCUACACCUCAAGAACCCGGAAUGCUUUUCAAGGACCUCAAGCACCUAAGAAAGCGAUUCCCUGACGUAUUUCCUUGCUACCUGGAAAAUCAUUUUCAAAUUGAAAAUGGCACAAUGUUCAGAUUUCCUCUGAGGACAAGAAAGAUGUCCGUGGAUUCUCAGAUAUCAAAAAGGGUUGUGACCCUUGAGAUAUUGGACACAAUGCUGGAGGACCUAAAAAAAGAAUUGUUCGAAGUCCUCUUAUUCAUGAACAAUGUAAAAAAGAUCACCAUCUGUGAGGUUCACAAAACUACCGGAGAACUUUGUAAUUUUUACUCUGUUGAGACUACAAUGACAAAAGAGGAUGAGGUCAAAAAGCAGGCGUUUAGGGAAAGGAUCAAACAGGUUGGAACGUAUUCCCUUCCAAUUGAUAUUCCAGCAGCGAAAGUGUCUUACGUGCUGAAUAUUUCAGACAGUUUUCACGACCGAGAGAAAUGGCUCAUUGUGCAACAGGUAGGAUUUCAGAAGGCGCUGAAAAAGAGUAUAGUUAAUGCCUUCAAGAGAAACGAGCUGAGAAUGCUUCCACGUGGUGGCGUUGCCUGUAUUUUAGAAAAGAAUUCAAAAGACCAUGAAGAGCGAGGAAAGAAAGCCUACUGUUUUCUUCCACUUCCAUUUGAAACAGAUCUACCAGUGCACAUCAACGCGCAUUUUGCACUGGACCACGAAGCAAGGCGAAAUUUGUGGAAAGACGAAGGGGGUGGAUAUCGCAGUGACUGGAACAAUGCCUUACUAGGAGAUGUGGUGGCCUCAUGCUAUCUCACACUAUUAACUGAAGUGCGAGCUUUCCUUAAACUGCCCAUCUCUAAAGACGGAAAACCUUGCACCUUAACGUGUUCCGAAGGUGAGGUUUUGCAAAGCAUCAAAGGCUACGAAAGCAUCUUUCCACUCAAGCCACCUUCGGAUCCCUACUGGGAGACACUGGUAGAUUCUCUUUACGCUGAAAUGGUCAGCAACGAGGUCAGACUUUUACCAGUAGUAAGAAACAAACAUUCGGAUGCAGUGUUUCCAGGAGGCGAAGGCACGAACAUUGUUGAGCUUAGUUGGUUUCCACUUGUUGGGAAGGGGAAAAAACAAGCGGCAUUCUUUAAUGACCUUACUGAAACAGGUCCUUUUGCCAGUCUGCCACAGAGGGAAGGAAAUGAACUCCAGACAAAGGCAAGAAGAAGGUUUGAAGAAGUAUUACUUGAAAGUGGCUUCAACCUGGUAGCCUUCUCCUUGAAAUUGCAUAAAUCACUUACACGAGCUGGAAUUCGCACGUGUACUGUUACCCCGAGUUCAGUGGUUAAUUUCUAUAAAUCUCUCACUUCUCGAGAUCCAUUGUGUAAGAUUGGAACUAUCCCCUGCAAUGUAAGCGAAACACCCUUUGGAGAUGCCCUUGGGGUCAUUCUUGUACUGUUGUACUGUAAACGAAUGAGGAAUUUUGCUCGUGAAUUGCCAGAUCUUCCACUACUUUUGACACAGGACGACCGUCUUAGACUCUUCUCAAGCGAGGACCCCAAGUUUCUUUCGAGAUUUCAGGAUAUCUUGCCUGGUUCGCCGCAGGUAUUUGUGCAUGUGCACCUUGACCAGAAGGUAUUCAACGAUACUGAAAUCUUAAAAUCAACGGUAGUGAGGUCUUUAGAUGUAGAUGGAUUCUCAGCUAACCUGAUCCAAACACUGGAGGUUGAGCGGUACGGAAAAGGUCGUUUUGUAGAGUGGUCUUGGAAUGAAAAAAGUCUUCCCAACCCACGAUGGAUAUCUAGAGUGUGGAUUUUUCUUAGUGACAUUUUCUCCAAAGUUCUUUGUGAUGAAAGCCUGCCUGAACAGACCAAGUCUUCCCAGAUUAAACCUGCUCUUGCAUCUCUUGCUAACUGGAGUAUCCUUCCAGCCACUGAGUCUAAAAUCGAAGCAAGAACAAGCCCUUUUCUUCCAUUAAGUAUAAGUAUACCUCGAACUUAUACCCAGUUACUCGUUCCUUUGUCUCAGACAAUGGCUGUUCUUGAUUACAGAAGUUCAGAUGCUGCCAAUAAUAGUCUCUUGGAAGUGUUAAAGAAACUCGGUGUACCCGAACUAAACUAUACUGUGCUGACAAACUUGGGCUCAGCAGUUCGGCUUGCACCUUUUUUGGUUUCUUCCCUGAAGGUUCCUUCCUCUCUGCUUACUGCCCUCCACCAUAAGAUUGAGAGAGACCCUCAGUCACCUAAAAGACUGGACGCCAAGGACUGUAAAGCAAUUUUGGAGUACUUCAGUAGGAGUGUGGCACGCCUUCAUGAGGCAGACAAAAGCAAACUGAAAAGGCUUCCUUUCUUCCUAGCGACGCAUGGUGGCUUUGUACCACUUGAUAGUGAUCACCGUGUUUGUGUCCUUCCAGUUGGGAUACCGAGAAAGGAAAUUGAAAACUUAGAGCGUCACCUAAAGUUAGUCUUCACUGAAUCCUGGCCAGUUCUCUCAAAUUUGUUAAAAUUCCUGGAUCUCGAGUGCGUCUCUGCCGUAGACGUGUACUGCGCUUACAUUCUGCCAACAUUUGAGAUCUUCAGCCAAGAAGGGAGGCUAGUACACUUGGAGUACAUUCGUAAAUACCUUCUUUCAGAAUUUUUAGCGGAAGAUGAUAUGGAAAAACAAAGGCUUAGGAGCUGUUUGAAAGCAACUCCAUUUAUCCCCUCCAUAAAUGGAACGCUUCAAACUGCAUCCUCAUUCUACGACCCUGGCGUUAACGUUUUUCGCAUAAUACUCCCGCCAACCAAUUUCCCUUUGAAACCACUUAAUUCGCCAGAAUGGUUAAUGGUUUUAAGGACAAUAGGUUUAAUUCAUCAGGUCUCCCAUGAUCACUUCAAGAAAUUUGCAAGAGAGGUUGCACACGAAGCCACUACAGCGCAAACAAAGAGGACAUUUGAGAAGUCACUAGUUCUAGUAAAACAUCUUCUCCACCGACACAAUGUAGUGGCUGAAGGUCUGUUACCUGCCAUAUCCGACAUAGCUUUUGUAAGCAGCGAGCCGGCAAGAAAAGGUCUCCGAGAACUUUGCCCGCCAUAUCAGGGAAUGAGGGAUGACCAGAUUCCAUUCUGUGCAUUCAAAGGGGCAGUUCCAUCGGAGUAUGCUGAAAUUGUUUGGACACAGGCCCAUUUACUUCCACGUUGGGCAGAUCCAAUAACCUGUCGCCGUGAACUUAGCUGUCCCCCCAAAAUGAGCACUGAUAAAUACUGCAAGACUUUUAUUACUCAACUUCAAAUUGUUGCAGAGCCAUCUCUAGAACUUGUUGUUCGUCAUUGUCAAGCCGUUUGUCACUCUCAAGAAAACAAGGAUGACGCUAAUAUUUCCUCACUUGAGCAACGAACGACUUUAAAGGCAGUAAUGGAACGCAUUUACGAGUUCUUGCAGACAAAGCUGAACACAGGGAACGACGUGAGAAGCCUUAUGGUAAAAACGCCAUGCGUUUUGGUCGAGCAAGGGAAGAGAUUUAUUCUUCCACAGCAGGUAGUGCUCGAAUUGUAUGAACAUCUCGAAAUCAAACCCUUUCUAUACAGUCUACCUCGAGAGUUUGGCAAGUUUCACGCUUUAUUUCAUGCGCUUGGCUGUUCCAAGUAUGUCUCGAUUGCCCACUACGCUAUGGUCUUACAAAUGCUGUACCUGAAAUCUAACACCGACAAACUACAUCCGAAUGAGAUGAAAGCAUGCGUUAAAGCAGUGAAAGGUUUUUUUCAACUGCUUGAGGAAAGCGCUGGAGAGUUGUCGAGCGUUCCACAGCUUUACCUUCCAGGAAUCCCCUUAAGGGGAACGUCCUUAGUUGAGGCGGAGGGAGUUGUACCAGUGACAUUACGACAGUCUUCGUCCUUGGUGUUUUUUGAUGCCUCCCCAUCCUUCCAUGAUCGUCUGCAGAAUUUUGACCAUCUUCUGCUUGACCUGAAAUCAAUGAAAGUGACUUGCGGCUCUGCCAUGACGAACCACAAAGAGCUAGUGAUGAAAUUGCCAACUGCAUUACGACCCAAAAUGCUAUCCAGUUUGGUUAAGGAAACACUCUCCUCGAGGAAUGAGAUGUCAACUUUGUCCGUUGAAGCUGCGAAUUCUCUCAUACACAAGCUGACCUGCCCACAGUUCAUUGCUGCGAUUGUGAGACUAAUACGGGACGAGAACCAGAGCAGGAAAGAUAUAAACGACGCUGUUAUUGCAAUGGUCGAGAGACGCCUUCGAAGAAUUGAUAUCUGCAUUGUAGAGAACCUCCAAAGUGUCUUACUUUGUGACGACAGUCCUAUUCAGGGCAGCCAAAAGAGAGUAUCUUCCUUCCUAGAGAGUAGUAUUAUCUCAGAUGAAGAGAAGUGGACGGUCUAUCUCGAUCUGCUAUCGGUGAUGAACGAAACCUUUGCACAUAUUUCCAUACUUUCCGACGUAAUUGUAAACGUUUUGGAGGGUCUUCUUGUAAAGAGAGCACUGAUGGUCCCUCGUUUGUUGGAUUGUGACCCCCGUGACAUGUCUGGGUUACUAGAUGCUUUUCAUGUACCUUCGGAUGACUCCUACGUUCCUCGGGAAGAAGUUGAUAUCUUUCCAAAAAUUGGCACUUUUAUUCCACUUGUAGACCAUCACAUGUUAAACGACGCCUUUGAAGAAUUUGAGCCUGGUGAAUACGUUGGUUUUGAGCUCGAAGAUCCAACUCUAAACCACGAGAGGGGUGUUCCAACUUACAUCUAUGCAAGAGUUGUCAGGGAAGUGACAGAGAAAAGUUUUUCUCUCUUGACGAAGAGAUUCAAAAUCGACAUUGGCGGUGGCCAAGAGUUAGUGGUUGAUGUGGCUGACCUUUACAAGUUCCAUCGUUGGUCAACUAUAUCAUCAACGAUAGUAGUGUUUGAACCUCAAGAACGAAGCCCUCCUGAACGACGUAGAAGCAGAAACCAACAAGAGGUAUUUGAUGAGAUCUCGAAACUUCUAGAAGAUGCGUGGAAGUUGUCAGAGGAGAAACGCCGAAAAAUCAUCAAGCGGCUCUAUCUGCAAUGGCAUCCUGACAAAAACGUGGAUGAUGAGGAAUUCUGCACAGAAGUUUGCAAGCAUAUCCAGAGUGAAACUUCGAGGAUGGAAAGAGGGGAGCCUCGAGGAAGUCAGCAAAGGUCAGACGUUGGCCUCAGCCGAGGUCAGCAUGGCUCAUACGGCCAGUUUUUUAAUCGCUGGGGAGAACGCGCCAGGGAACAUCACACACAGCGCGAAGGAUAUAGAUCCAGACAGCAAUCCUCUCGAAACUCUACCAGAGCGAGGAAUCCUCAACCUGGAGAAGCCAAGCGAUGGCUCAGGCAGGCUGAGGCUGAUAUAGCAGCAACAGAGAAUGACAUUUUCUACCAAAGACCCUCCUAUGAAUGGGCGUGUUUCAAAUGCCACCAGGUAAGCUGAGAACUGUACGGGUUACCUUGCUCCCUUUGCUCGCUUUGAUCCUUUUUGCCCCCCUUUUCGCAAAGUAUGUUCUUGAGUCGGCAACAAUUUUUCCCAGUCUCUCUUUCAACUUGAAUGACUCGACAAGUUUUGGAAGCGGACCCCUGAGAGUACUAAUGGAGUGAUGCAUUGUCUAGGGUAUGAGCUGUAAAACGUAUUUUCCACUCGCAUAAUGUACACAGUAUUUGACACGAAUGACCUAAAACAUCGAGAAACUUGGUAUCGUGGUCUCUCUAAAGACUUAAGCAACUGACGAGGACUUAGAAGAAGAUACUUAUUUUGUAAAUCGCAGAAGAAAAACAGUGUUUUAAAAUUAAAUGGAAAAUAUACAAUAGAUUUUUCUUAAUUACGAUAAGACAAAACAUUUGUUCUGCUGAAAGGAAAUAAUUUUUGUCAUAGGCGGCAGAGAAGGCUCUCAAAGCUGCACAAUACGCCAUAGAUGUGGAGAGGACAAACGUACACAACUUACUGCAGAUUUGCCAAGAGUUAGAAGACUCUGAAUUGACCCAACUAGCGCGUCAGUUGGAAUGCCUUGUGGUUAAUUCUGCACGCAUGCGCUAUCCAGAUAGAGUGUGCUUUCCCAAAAUCCCAAACGAAGUGUACUCGGCUGACAUGGCAGAAGAAGCCUUGCGGUUGGCGAAGAAGAUCGCCCAGCGUGUUAAGAAUCGAUUAAUCUAAGGUUUGUGCGAUGGGGAAAAUGAUUCUAAUGUAUUGCUAUAAAAUGAUGAACGCCGAUAUCACCUAAGCUAGGUAAGGAGCUUCUACGGUUCUAGGGAGGUAGCAUUGUCAAACGGGUAAAUAAAAUUUGUAUUUACUUUCAACGCGAAACUGAACGGUUACUUAUCUUACAAUUAUAUUGCCCUUUCAGUUUACUCCAACAAAUGUAGAGGUAGACGCAUUCAAUUUUAUACAUAUAAAAAAUAUGUCUCAUUAACUGUACUAACAAACACUUUUUUCCCUUUCUAUAGGUCGUUUCGAAGCUACUGGUGAUGCACUUUACUCAAGGGCAGUCAGCAUCCCAAUUUAAACGUAGUGAUUUUAAGAAAACUAAACUUAUUUAUUUGAUAGUUUAACUUUUAGUAGCACCGUAGACGAUGCAUACUUGAAAAGAUUGAAGUUGAGCCAGAAAUGAUCAUGAGAACAAAGUUAGACACGGAGUGCCGCCUAUCAACAACAAAAACAUGAUUUUUAAUACAUAGCACAGUUGAGUAUCCACACCAUUUCUGGACCCUCCCUCUCUACCACGCAACAGAAAGAGAAGGGCCAGAAGUGAAAUACGUUAAGGCCACGAAGUUGUUUAAGAAAUUAUCUUUAUUUACAAGAGUACGAGAUAUUCCGUUUUGAUCUUCUUGUUUUGUAUAGGUAUUAAAUGCGCCUGACAAAACAUCGUAAUUCGAUGAAAUCAGUUUCCGACCGUCAACUUUUGGAAGAAAAAAUCAAUCGACAGGGUCCGAACGUUUUGCCCUUGUUAGUUAUAUCUCAGUAUAGUUGACUUCAUGAGAUUAUUAGAGUUAACUAAUAGCCACAUACUAAAUAGAAACCGUUAGAAAAUUUGUAAAAGGUCAGAUAGUCAGUAAUGCUGUGAUGGAUGGCAUUUGGAACAAGAAGAAAUCUAAGAAAGCUGAGAAUAAAUUCCGAGCUUCAGGUGAGAAUCAAACUCCCAACCCUCCGAGUUCUAGUUGGAGUGCUUUUUUCCGUUGUAUUUUCGCCAUUCGACAUUUCAAUAUUGAACGCUCCGCAGAUUAUAUGCACAUCAGUAACUUAGCGUUAACCAAUUCAGUACAGAUAAUUCCAGAAUGUAGUCUAUUACGCAAAAAUUGCAUAGCCCGGCAUGAAGGAAGAAUAAAACAGAGACAAAACAAACUUUGUAUAAUUUUGGGUAGCUUCAUUAAAGGGGCUAUGUCACGGCAGACUGGUUCAUUUUGUUUAAUUUUGCCAAUUACUGGCCCUCAAUCGCUAUGGAACUUAAAGUAAGCAAAGAAAUUACAUGUAAAUGACGAAAUCAGAGAUCCGAGACAAACAAAUAUAUCCCCUGAGCAUUGUUUUUGAAGUUGCAAGCAGCACGGAUCAACUUUGAAAAACUGUUAGGCUGAACAGUUUUCAAAAACCCUAAUUUCAAUCCGUUUCAAUCUUCUUCAGUUUUGCCCAUCGGCGGCAUCUGUUGUUUGUGUUAUGUUAUUUUAACCUUCCUUUAAUGUUUUAAACGGUUUUUUUUGUUUCUAUUGAUUUAACGAGCAUUUUGUAAUUUCCUAAUUUGGCUGAAUUUCGUGACACAGCUCCUUUAAUGCCGUUUUUUUUUCAUAUAUGGAGACCACUGUUUUGGAUUUUAUAGGCGUUUUCCUUAGGUUUGUGAUUUCUUGAUUGCUAAUUUUUUUAUUCCUCAGUAAAAGUAAAAAAUAAUAAUUAUACUGAAGAUUCAAGGAUACGGUGUCUAAAAGGGGAGAGAGUGGACCACGAGAGCAACAUAACCUGCAACUGAGUUGUAUUUUUCAGAGAAAACUUGUUAUUUCUUUUCACUCAGGUUUUGAUCAGUACGCUAGAGAAGAAAGUACAUAGCAGUUGCUCUUUCCUUCCUAUACCAUUAUAGCAUUAAACACACCAUUUUUGUUAACUGUUAAGGAGACUUUUAAAAAAUAAGUUAGAAUUUCUCAAAUAUGCAUUUAAAUAUAAUUACACUCCUAACUUUUUACAAAUAAAUCGUUGUUUUUUUCCUUCAUUUUCUUGUCCUUUAAUUUGUGUUUUAUUUUAAAGUUACCAUUUCGUUAUUUCUAAAUUUCCUCGCAAAUAACUUUUUGCAAAAGUUGAUUUUAAGGUGAGGGAAUCCAAAUGUAACAUAUACUGAAAUGCGCAGCCAUUAAGUAAUGAUGAGUUUUUUUGGCCUUUUUAAAUCCAAAAAUAACGUGAAUUGGUUUAAAGCUUAGGCCCAAAAUGAGAAGUGUGAGGUGUCCAUGUGUUGGUGCAAGAGUCAAGUUCUCCUGAGACCAUACAUCAAGCAUUGAGCAAUCUCAUUUGUGGCUAAAACGAGUAAAGAUGCAUCUUUUUUAGCAACGGAAAAGCAAGGUUUAAAGCAACUUGUUUAAGGCAAGUUUUUUUUUAAAAAUGUCUGCUGUAUAUACAUGGGUUAUUGAGCGAACAUGAGGUCAAGAUAAGUAAACAUUGGCAGAUUGUUUUGAAGUCAUAAGGUCUUGAAAAACGUGAAACAAAAAUGAACGGGGGCACUAGCCAGCAACCUUUAAGGGACAAGCUUUCCCAUGCAUUAUUUGUUAUAUGGUCAAAGGAAAACGUUUCCUCGCAGAGACAACACUACUGUGUCUGUAAGAUUUUAGAAAAGUGACUCUUGUAAUGUGAUAUUUGAAACAAUUCGUGCAAAGAGUAUAACGAACUGGAUUCUGUUUGCUUAACACCAUGAAUCCGGACGAGCGGGGAUGAACUGCUAUUAACUGUAAUGUUCCAAGGAACUCUUUCGGGCAAAUUCUAAGAGAUUGCAAUGGGAAACUGAGAUCUAAGAUCGCAUUAAAAGGGAUUAAAAUUUUGAAAAUUUGCUGUUUUAAAUGAACCAUUAAUUUAUAGGUGAUUUUCUUGAACCUUCUCGAGCCUGGGAAGUAUGUCGAAAAAUUUCUACCAAAUUUAUUGUUUGUCUUGAAUAUCAAUUGUAGGCGAGUCAACUUAUCUAUAUGAUUAAAAUGGCGGUUUUAAAGCAGUUAAGGAGGAAAUAAAACAUUUAAAUACGUAACAAAUGACUGAAAAUCAGCAACCCUUUUAUAUAUCUUUGAUGAGAGAAAAUGGCCCCUUUCUCACAUAAUUCAGUAUUGACCAGGGCCCAGUUGUUCGAAAGCCGAUUAGUGCUUAACCCGUUUCUUUUUCUUGUGUUCAAAAGCAUUAUCUCGGAUAAUUUUCUCUGUUAUUUUUUAGAGCGUUCAAUCAUCAACUUGUGGACAAAAAGAAUUACAACUGAAAUGCUUUCUAAGCUUUCAAAUCUGAAUUCAAAUCUCGCACUAACCCUGGGUUAUCUUAACCCUGCUUUGAACAACUAGGCCCUGAGGUAAAUCUCGUCCAUUUCGGGAGGAAAUGGAACUGGAUAAACAUAGAAAUACUGUAGAGUAGUACGGAGAACUUUUUUAACCGAUCUGGUUUUUCUUAUUUAAAAUUUCGAUUGCUUCUAUCCUCGCCUCAUCGCAAAGUUUCUAGGUGCUCCUGAGUGACGUCCCUCAUUUGAAUUAACGGCAUACAAGCGCGACGGAACGCUUUCGUCUAACUUAUGGCGUCGAUAUCUGUGGUGGAGUUUCACGACUUCAAGAAAAGUCUCUCUCCACGCCACGCCUGCGAGGAUAUCUGGAAUGGAUAUAGAGAUGCCCAAAUCCUCAAGCGCGGCGCGCAUAUGUAACUGCGAAAAAAAUGCUUUUGUUGGAAAGUGGAUCUCCAUUAUGUCAUAAAGCGAUGCCGUGAAUGAGAGGAAAGCCAUACAUUACGUUUCAUGCUGUAAUCGAUUCAAAGGCAGGAACGCCAUGGCCACCAACAAGACAUAAGCUUGAAUGUGCGGGCACCAAUCAGAUUUCACCUAAGCUCGGAUAAAGAUCGACAAAAGGUGGAAAGAAAAGUCACAUAUUUUUCCAUGAUUUGUUAAAAAAAUAUGAACAGGGCAUACAGCUAUUUUAAUUAACGAUGCCGGGUUUGAGCGACAGGCAAGGUCAUGUGGUUAGCUGUAACAUUUGGUCUCAAUUUAGCGGUUGUUAGUGCCAAAGAAUAGAAUAAUGGUAACAAACGUCUACGAGAGCAAUUUUAUGACAGGGAAAAUUUGUUUCAUGGCUCCAAGUUGAUGAGCUGUAUACAGAAGCCGAUAGCUGUAUGCCUCUCAUAACAGCCAAGUCUUGGUCACACGCCAGCAGGUGCAAACAACCGGAUCGAUUUCCGUGAAAUCUGCCCAGACAAGCCGUUUCUGCUAUUGUUACUUUCCCGGAAUUCAUCAGAUUCAGGGCCUCUUCAUACGAGCCCGGUUGACCGUGCUGGCUCAGUUACCGGGAUGAAUUUUGCCUUGGAUUCAUAUGAGAAACUUGAGCCCGGUUUCCGAGAUAAGAAAAGGUCAAAGAUCCUGGGAACGAGUUCCUGCGCCAAAUUCGGGAAACAAAGCAAACAUGCCGAAACACAAAAUUUUAACUUUCGGGCCUAUCUUACCAUCGGUAACUCUUAAAGCUGUAUCACUGCAGUUAAAUGGGAUGCUUAUGAUGUGGAAAAUACAGCAGGCAAUGCAAGACGAUGCCAUCUGGACCGCCAGAAUUCAUUCCGCCAUUCAUCCGGGUAACUGGGAUGAAGUGUUCAUAUGGCAAAAUUUCCAUCCCGCUUACCGAGAUCUCGGUUGGAAGAACCGAGAUCUCGGGAACCGAGCCAGCCCGCCCUCUCAUAUGAACACAUCGAAACUUUUACAAAGGAUUUAGAGGUGAGGUGAGAUCUCGGAAACCGGGGCCAACCUGGUCAACCGGGCUCAUUUGAAGAGGCCCUCAAUAACAACGGCUUAAGAAAAUAGAUUUACAUACAUGACGGUUGUUCAUCAUUUACAUGGGCAAGUUAUUUCUCUGUUUAUUAUAGUUGGGUUGGACUUCACACAUUAACACAUGCAUUAACUUAAACUUUGUUUCGUGAUAUCAGGGUAAAAUAGCCGUGAUGAGGACAUCCGUAAGAAAUAUGAUGGCUCUCAACAAGGCUCGCCCCCAAAUCGCCUAUUAUUUUGAGGACACUCGAUAAACAAGUAAAAGUGUUAGAUGGUAAGAGUUGAUAAGGAGACACUGUUUUAUCCCUUAAAUACAAACACAGAAAAGAUUAAAGUUUUGUUCAUUUACCUGAAACCACCCUCAAGAAAAAUUCUACUUAAAAGAUCUUUGCCAACAUAUUUAUUUUUUUUUUUUAUUCAAGACAUUUAUUACUAUAAUUACAAAGAACUACUUAAAAAGAAAAUAAUUACAGUUCUAAACAACCGCAAUAACAGACAUACUUACAAUUAUCUACAUUUCACAAUUAUAUACAUUACAGCCACAAAACAGCCGCGCAAUUGCCGAAUGAGGCUUAUUUUACAAAGAAUUAAUUAAUACUUAAUUAUGUAGAUAAAAGAGAGAUUAACACUUAAUAUUUACAGUACGCUCUGAAAUAAAAACAAAAACAUAACCACACAUACAAAAAAAAAUACAAAAAUACAAAAAUCCAACAAAAAAAGUGUCUAAUAAAAGAUUACAUUUUUAAUUACAUACUCACGAACUUAAUUAAAGGGGAGAAAUGUCUUUUGGCCAUAUUUCAUAAAAGGUUUCUAAUUUAUUAUUCUUAGUGGAAAUAUAUUUUUCAACUUGGUAUUUAAUUCUUACUUUAAAUUUGAAACCUUCGAUGUUUGGAUUAAGUACCUGUUUCUUUCUGCAAUCCCAUAAAUACAAUUUACCAAUUAAUAUCAGAUAAUUUAACAAGGGGCAUUUUGACAUCGUUAUUCCAAUUAUAACCUCUCGUAAACACAACCCGUGAAAUUCCUUUGUUAUUGUUAAAUAAUACUGUUCAACAUUUUUCCACAACAUAUUUGAGUGCUGACAGUAAAAUAGAAAGUGACAUAAUGUUUCCUGUUCAGUCUUGCAAAAAGUACAUUUGUCAUGCUGGAGAUAUCCAAUUUUAAAAAGUUUUGCAUUAGUGUAAAGUAUUGAAUUUAAAACUUUAUAUUGAAAGGAUUUGACGUAAGGCUCCUGUGUUGUCAGGUGGGGAAGGUUGUAAGCAAUUUUUAAGUCUUCGUCAGAUAAGCCAAAAUCAUGUUUUAAAUUCUUUGCAUUACUAGGUAAUUGUGCUUUAUUUGAUAUUAUUAAAGAGUAGUAGUCUUUCGUUUUCUUUUCCGCUAUGUCAAAAAUCUCAUUCCCCUUUGUAAAAUAAGUAUUUUCUGUAAAGGUAGUAUACUAUAUUGUUUUCAGAAUAGAAGGAAUUGCAUGCCUGAGACCUGUCCAUGUAAGAAAAUUAGCUUUCUCAAUUAUGUUAUUGAUUGCAUUAAAGGAUUCUAUAUUGUCGAGAUUUGAACAAGAGAUCUUUAAUAAUACAUAUCCCCGAGUCAUAAUAAGAUUUGUAAAAGACUGGUUUCCCAUCUAUUCUUAUAUCUUUGUUAUUCCAAAUUAUACAGAGCCGUUCUUUGUUAGCUAAAAAGAGAUUUCGAAAUUCUAACCAACAUUCUAAGAGUUCUCUGUAGAAAACCGAGUUGAUUGAAAGAUCGUUCAUUGCAUAAUUGCAUUUAAAAAGUAAAAGACCACCAAUACUACGUAGGAGAUGAAACAAGUAAAAUUUCCACGUACUUUCAUUAUCGCUGAAAACACGUUUUAGCCAAGCUAGUCGUACAGCUUUGACCAAGCUUUCAAUAUCUGUCAUUUUUAUGCCACCGUCUUCAUAACUGUUUAUUGAAGAGAGCCUCGUUACUUUAUCCUUUCCAUUCCAUAAAAAGGAGAAAAUUAUACUAUUCACUUGUUUGAUGAUUUUACUUGGAGGUGAAAGAACCGAAGAUAUAAAAACUAGUUUUGGAAUAAGUAAUGAUUUGAUUAUAGUUACUUUACCAUAAAAGGACAGUCCUCUAGAUGACCAUAUAUUUGUCAGCUUCUUUAUGCUGUCAACCUUCUCUUGAAAGUUUUUUUCGUAAAGUAAUGAUUGGUCAUAUGUAAAAAAGGUUCCUAAAGCUUUUAUGGGUUCACUGGGCCAUUUAAUACCAAACGGUUUUUCAACUUUUCUUUUAAGCGAACCAAUCCACAUUCCUUCUGUUUUAGAGCUAUUUAUCUCCAAACCACUGAAGUUCUUAAAUACUUCUAGUUCUUGAAAUAACGUUUUUGCAGAACUUUCAUCAGACAGGAUUGCUGUGGUAUCGUCUGCGUAUUGCAAUAGCUUGGCUUCGUAAUUUUCUAUUUUAAUUCCUUUGAUAUCAGCAUUUUGACGAAUGGAGAUUGCCAAGCUUUCAACAGCUUUCAACAGUUCUACCGAAUAUCAUACAUCAUAAUCAAACAGGUUAUGUUGAAGAUCGCUAUAUUGGUGAGACUAUCCGAUCAAUUUUCGAUAUAAUGGAAUUUACAGACAGUAAGAAUAUUCCAGGUAUCUUGAUUUUCAUUGACUUUAAAAAGGCUUUCGACUCUUUAGAAUGGCAUUAUCUUUUCAGUUGCCUUGAGGCUUUUAAUUUUGGCCCCAAUUUUAUAAAUUGGGUCAAAAUGUUUUAUACAAAUAUUCAAAGCUGUGUAAUAAAUAAUGGAAUGGCAUCAGACUAUUUUACUUUAGAACGUGGUGUGAGGCAGGGUGAUCCUUUGUCCCCUUACCUCUUUAUCUUAGAUCUUUGCCAACAUAUAUUCAGGGUUAUAUUUUCUUAAAUAUUACUUAGUAACAGUAGUGUUUCCGUGAAAGCACCGAAACAAUUUCCGAGAAACGUGAAAGGGAUCAUAGAAGAUUAACAUUGAAAGGGAUUCCUCCUUCAGAUUUGAACAUCUAUCAUUAAACUGAAAAUGCAGCCAAGUCUUACACGCCAGCAGGUGCAAACAACCUGAUCGAUUCCGUGAAAUCUGACUAUAGAAGCCAUUUCUGCUCUUGUUACUUUCCCGGAAUUUCUCGGAGACUUUGACCGAGAACGGCUGGGAAGAAGCCACGCAGGUGCAAUGAACCAGAUAGAAUUCCGAGAAAACUGCUUAUGUAACAUCCACUCUGAUUGUAUUGUCUGCAUUGGAUUUUCCCGGAAAGCUGCACUUGCAGCGUACUGAGGACGUGGAGUCAAUUUAGUGUUAUUUCUUGGUGAAUCAGCGAAAACGAAGUUAAUUUUAAAAAGGUAUGUCAGAGGUAUUAUUUAUAAUUUAUAUAAAGUGACCAACGGCUCGUUUAGUUGAAUUGUGUUCAAUUCUGUCGCUUCGCUAAGCCUGACUGUAUGCGCUGAUCGUAAUUUAUUCCGAGAAACCUUUCGUUUUGAGUGACGAUUUCUGUCAAGUCACCUGCUAUAUUGUGGGGAAGGGUCGCAAAUUACCCUGCAUUGAAUCAAAGAACGAGAAACCUGAGCAAAAUAUUGGAAAGUUGACACGUUAAAAUUUUAAGACGUAGUCUAUUUUUGAAAAUAUGAACAAUGUCUUUCAAUGCGGUUUUCGACAAUUAAGGCAGACUGCAGACUAGCAGAUAAACGAAGUUAAAAUUGUUGUGAAAUACUUUAACAGAUUCCCUAUCAUUAAAAAUAAAAGUCUAGUUUAAGUAUAGGGUAUCUGUUAAAGCAUUUCAUAACAAUGUUUACCCGGUUUACCUGCCAGGCUGCAGUCUGCGUUUGUCGCAAAACGAUUUCUAUGCGUAAGAAUCGCUUCGUUGACAACGGUAACUCAGAGGUUUCGGCGUCUAUCUUUCCUUUCAGUCAACCGUUCCGUUUGUAUGAUAAGCAGUCAUUUUCUUUUUGCCUCAUGCAUUCUGUACUUUUGAAAGGGACUAUUUGCAAAUGUAUAGGUCGAUCUACUUAUAUUACUUCUUGUUACGCGCGUGACGUCGACUACUUUCUCGGUUCUUGCAGUGAAAAAUUUGGCUAAAACGAAGUUUUAAAGAAACUUGGUAAUUAACCGAGAAUUUUUAAGAGCUGAUGUUUUUUUUUCUGUAAAUGUGUACAAUUUCAUAUAUAUUUUCCGAGAUUUUUCGAUCCUAGGGGCCUUUUUCUCGAAAGUUCCGAUAAUAUACCAGCCCAGAAAGGUUUGUUGUUUACAUUGUAGUAAAGGUCUAGCUUUCAACAGAUUUUUGUAGACAUUUUUAGCGAAAAAAAACCGGUUCAAAAAUGGGCUGGUUUGUUAGCCAGGACCUGCGCUUUGAUUCUUUUAAAUAUUGCGAUAUUCGUCAUUUCAUUCCUACAGUUCAAACUCUUUUCAAAUACAAAACUUCUUCAUUCAUUGUUAAUUAAUCUUUUGAUUGCAAUAGCGCUGAGAAAAGGAUGACGUCACAAAAACGUGGUUAGGGUUAGGGUUAGUCUACCUCAAACCAAGGGCAAUGUUUGAAAUCGCUUGAGAUUUCUAAAGAAGUAUUUUAUGUUUUUAGAAGAAUUAAAUCGGAGAAUUCGUGAAAAUGGAAUAAAUUUAAGACUGUCAUGUAUCUACCUCUUUCAAAACAUUUCCCGGCAGCCUGAUCACUGCCACAAAACACAGCGUACUUCGCUUUCUUUCCGGAUUUCUCGCAUUUAUUUAGUGACUCAGACCACUUUUUCAGGGAUCCUUGAGUCCCUCUCACAUUCUCAACACUCCGUAAACGCGCAUACAAAGCCUUUAAGCGAGAAGCAAAGUUUGUCUGAAUCAUUCUGGGGUCUUAUCAGAUCUUAUCAUACGUAGACUAUUUUUAGAAUCUGUGCGCAGCGCUAUUGAACCUCUUUUAAAGUCUGGUUUAGUUAGGCCUCAGUAAUAUCAAAUAAAAGAUACCAUUUAACUCUGAAUACAAAUAUCCCUACCAUGUCGGUUGUCGGCUAUUUUUUUUUUCCAGUCGGUAGUCGGUAAUUUUUAUAUCGUUAAUUUUGUCGGUAGUCAGUUAUAUUUUUCGCCGUUUGUUGCGAGUCAGUUAACCCUAUUCAGACCCUCCUGCUAGGCUGACCAAAUCCCACUACUUUAAGGAAUUACUGGACUUAUAUGUCGCUUAUAUUAAUUAUCUCUAUAACAGUAAAGUCAGUAGGUAGAAAUACAAAGGAAAAGGAAACUCUGCUAGCAAGGUAUUGGCAUUGUUAUUAGUUUGGCUCUGAUUCAGUGAAAUGCCGAAAUAAAAUAUUCCGUCUGUUUAUACGAGUGAAGUCUACUGCCUAAUUUUAUCAUUUACGGACAGUGACGGAGUCUCGCUUUGAGGAAACGUGCGAGUAUCGAAGUUAACAACGCCACUAGGAACAAAACAUCAUCGAUCAGUCAAUUCCCUCCCUGGGCAUUUGUCGUUUUGUUUUGGAAAAGCUCCAAUGCCUCACAAUGGGGCCGACCCCACGGUGGGCCUUACAAAUAGGGUGGAUAUGCCCCACCCGGGACAACAGCAAAAUUGUAUUUUCCCAGAAAUAAGCUGCAAAUACCGUAUUUAUGGAAAAUCUCUUGUAUCCGAUCAAAACUCGUGAGGCACCCUACGCAAAUCGGUCCCAGUAUACGGUUCGAGCAAGCGAGUUAUUCGGUUUUCUGAUAGUAAAAUGCACUUCAGGUGGCUUGCACUUAAAGGGCUUCCGCCGUGACGUAUAUCUUAAUAGGGAGUUUUAGCAACGACGACGGCAACGGCAACCAGGACGUCAAAAAAGCAAUAGGUUUAUUACGCAAAACAACAACUUUGCACGUGCAUCACGCUUUUUUAUACAUUUCUUUACCGUCCUUACACGUCUACGACGUGAAAAUGCCUAAUUGCAAGUUUUAUGGAGGACGUAAACAAGCGACGACGAAUCUCUUUUUCUCUCUCUAAACUUGAGUGCGGUCCUCAAGAAAUCAACUCCAGGGAAAUUCGCCUACACUUGUCAUUUUUAGCAAAUUGGAAUAAAGGCGACGAAGAUUGAAAAAAAACGGAAUUCAUUUUAAAACUGACGUUUUCGCUGCCGUUGCCGUCGUCGAUGCUAAAGCUCCCUAAUGGCGCGAGCAACUCAGACAAAAGAAAGCUACCACACCGGAGUUCGAAAAACAAAUCUAUUUAAUGUGUCUAUGUGAAAUCGUCUGUAACGGAAGGGCGCGACGGCGUGAGCUUGCGGUUUGUCUAGUUCCUUUGCCGUGCUCGUGAGAACGUGACUUUGCUUCGCUGCAAAGACUUUUCUGGAUUCUUCGAACUUACUGUGCUUGAGUAUGUUAAAUGCAGAUAUUUCUUCUCACUUAAGUAUCGCUGUGAGAGGUGCUCAAAACUGAAAACUGUUGCUGGCUCGUAUUCUUCUCCGUUUUUCCUGCAUGCGCUCUAAAAAAAAUUGGACAAAAGGUGGUCAAGAUCGGACGCAAGUAAGCUUUCAGUUUUCUCAUUUUUCGUACCAUUAGCUUCCCUGUCAAUCAAUCAAUCAAUCAUAUAUUUAUUUCAAUUCGCGUUUUCGAGUAGCAUUUCAGCCAUUAUCUCCGAGAGAGAAAUAAUAUAUAAAAUGAAAUAAAAAUAUAAAUAGUACAAUUAAAAUACAUUUCAUAUAGACAUUCAAUUACUCUCACCUAUAUAUACAACCAUUUUUAAAAAGUUAACUGCUUUAUACAUCGUUUGAAAGUAUUAAGAUCAGGAGCGCUUCUUGUUUCAUCUGGCAGAGAGUUCCAGGUGGAAAUAGAUAAGUAUUGAAAAGUGUAAAGUCUAAAAGUAGUGGUCACCUUAUCCACCUUAGGCACAGUGAAAAAAAGAAUUUCAAUUUUCUGUUGGUUGAUAAAAUCGUCUAUGGUCUUCUGAUGAUACCUGUUUCAGUUCCUGUAUCAAAAGUUUCCAGAUCCUCAGGGUAAUAAAAGUCGUCGGAGAAUAUUCGUCUUCUUCAUCCAUCACUGAAAUCUGGGGAGAGUUUCAAAUUUUUUUAGCUUUUUCUGGUAGUUUCGCUGUAAGUAAUGACAGUAUUUUUUAUCGCUGUUUGGCUGCCAAUUUUGAAUUUACCGGCUUUGCUUAAAAACAAAAAUACACGGCUUGGACCGUUUCCGUUUUGCAAAAUGCCGACCGAGAAAGAACCAAGUGCACGUAUUUGCCUCACACUGGUUUUGCCAUAUAAAAAUGAUAAUAGAACAAUAGAACAAUAAAUAUUUAAAGCUUACUAUCUAAAAGGCCAUAUUUUUAGGUGAAAUAUUGAAAAAGGAACGACGAUAACUGCAUCCAGAAGAAUUGGCAAAUACCCCACCCCCGGAAGGAGGUUUUCUGACAAAUUCCCCACCGACGGGGCCGACAAGAUGACAAAUGCCCAGGGGUGUAGGCACGUUUGGAAUUGACUGAGCUAUUAGGAAGAAUUAAUCCAAAACGGAAACAGAUUCCAAGAUAUAAUAGACAGAACCUUGUAACCAAGAAAAAACGAGCAAAAGACUUCAUGUAAAAAAAGACAUCACAUAGAAAAAAGGGGCUUGAAAUUAAGGUCUAGAUAUUUUUGUUGAACAUCAUCUGGUUCGCUCUUUACUUGAAUUAUGUGCUUUCAAGAGCCAUAAUGGGACAUUAUGGCUCUUGGUACUUUUUAACUACUCUCAUUUUUUGGUAACUGGAAAUUUAAAAAACGGAUUUGAUAAUAGGUUCAUGCAAGUUUUAAAUUUCGACACACUCCAGGGCACUUUCACUUUAAGCAUAAUUUGACUCUACGCAGAUAGUGCGCAAUCAAUAUCUUAGUCUUUUGUUCUUCAGACAAUAUUUUUUCUUUGUAAAAAUAUUAUCUGUAAACCUCCUGCUGGCGUUUAACAUAAACAGGGGUUUUCAAUGUUCUGUUUUUAUUGUGUCGUCUUUGUGUCAGCCGGAUUUCAGCUCAAUUUCUUAAUCCCUAUCAUUCAUAUUUCCAGCAUCCCACCGCGUCCCGUGUACAUAUUCAAUUUUAAAUCUCGCCCAAAUUUUGCUUUAUUAUGUGGGUAUAGCUGUAAAUCCUUUAACAUUUGGUCUCAAUUUAGCGGUUGUUAGUGCCAAACAAUAGAAUAAUGUAACAAACGUUCACGGGAGCAAUUUUAUUACAGGGGAAAUUUGUUUCAUGGCUCCAAGUUGUUAAUAAGUAGCUGUAUACAGAAGCCCAUAGCUGUAUGUCUGUAUGUCUGUAUGUCUGUAUGUCAAGUCUUGGUUGCACGCCAGUAGGUGCAAUCAACCUGAUCGAUUUCCGUGAAAUCUGUUCAAACAAGCCAUUUCUGCUAUUGUUACUUUCCCGGAAUUCAUCAGAUUCAAUAACAACCGCUUAAGAAAAUAGAGCUACAUACAUGACUUGUUCAUCAUUUACAUGGGCAAGUUAUUUCUCUGUUCACUAUAGUUGUGUUGGACUUCACACAUUAACACAUGCAUUAACUUAAACUUUGUUUCGUGACGUCAGGGUAAUAGCCGUGAUGAGGACAUCCGUAAAAAAUAAGACGGCUCUCAAGAAGGCUCGCCCCCAAAUCGCUUAUUUUUUGACAAACAAGCAAAAGUCUUAGAUGCUAAGAGUUGAUAAGGAAACACUGUUUUAUCCCUUAAAUGCAAACGCAGAAAAGAUUAAAGUUUUGUUUAUUUACCUGAAACCACCCUUAAGUAAAGUUCUAAAGAUCUUUGCCAACAUGUUUCUGAAAUAUUGCCUAGUAACAGUAGUGCUUCCGGGAAAGCACUGAAACAAUUUCUGAGAAACGUGAAGGGGAUCAUAGAGGAUUAACCUUGAAAGGGAUUCCUCCUACAGAUUUAAACAUGUCUCAUUCAACUGAAAAUGCAACCUGUCCAUACACAUUUGAUAGGAGAAAGAGCCCUAGCGGACGUGUCCUUUCGGAUACUUUGACCGAGAAGGCCUGGAAAGAUGCCACGCAGGUGCAAUGAACCACAUAGAUUCCGAGAAAAACUGCUAAGUGACAUUUACUCUGAUUACAUUGGAUUUCCCGGAAAGCUGCACUUGCAGCGUACUGAGGACGUGGAGUCGAUUUAGUGUUAUUUCCUGGUGAAUCAGCGAAAACGAAGUUAAUUUUAAAGAGGUAUGUCAGAGGUAUUAUUUAUACUUUAUAUAAAGCGACCAACGGCUCGUUUAGUUGAAUUGCGUUCAAUUCUGUCGCUUCGCUAAGCCUGACUGUAUGCGCUGAUCGUAAAGUCUUCCAAGAAACCUGUCGUUUUGAGUGACGAUUUCUGCCAAGUCCGUUGCUAUAUUGUGGGGAAGGGUCGCAAAUUACCCUGCAUUGAAUCAAAGAACGAGAAACAUGAGCAAAAUAUUGGAAAGUUGACAAGUUAAAAUUUUUAAGACGUAGUCUAUUUUUGGCAAAUAUGAACAAUGUCUUUCAAUGCGGUUUUCGACAAUUAAGGCAGACUGCAGAUUAGCAGAUAAACGAGGUUAACAUUGUUGUGAAAUACUUUAACAGAUUCCCUAUCCCUAAAAAUAAAAGUCUAGUUUAGGUAUAGGGUGUCUGUUAAAGCAUAUGAUUUCAUAACAAUGUUUACCCGGUUUACCUGCCAGGCUACAGUCUGCGUUUGUCGCACAGCGAUUUCUAUGCGUAAAUUGAAUCGCUUCGUUGACAACGGUAACUCAAAGGUUUCGAUGUCUAUCUUUCCUUUCAUUCAACCGUUCCGUUUGUAUGAUAAGCAGUCAUUUUCUUUUUACCUCAUGCAUUCUGUACUUUUGAAAGGGACUGUUUGCAAAUGUAUUCGUCGAUCUAGUUAUUUACUUCCUGUUAUACGCGUGACGUCGAUUACUUUCUCAGUUCUUGCAGUGAAAAAUGUGGCUAAAGCGAAGUUUUCAAAAAACUUGGUAAUUAACCGAGAAUUUUUAAUAGCUGAUGGUUUGUUGUUUCUUUUUUUUCUGUAAGUGUGUACAAUUUCAGAUUUAUUUUAUGAGAUUUUUCGAUCCUAGAGGCCGGCGGUUUCUAGAAAGUUCCGAUAAUAUACCAGCCCAGUGUUGUUUACAUCUCAAUAAAGGUCGAGGUUUCAAUAAUUUUUUUGUUUUAGAUAUUUUUAAAAAAGAAAAAAAGUUUAAAAAAAAUUGGACUGGUUUGUUAGCAGGACCUGCGCUUUAAAAUUUUAAAAUAUUUUCAUUUGAAUAUCUUAUUACGGGGUCGAAAAGUUAGCGGGACUUUCACAUGUCGGUAAAAAUUUCAUUGCUUUGUCGGUUGUCGGUUAAAUUUUUCGAUCUUUGUCGGUUGUCGGUAAGUUUGGGUCAAUGAUUAACAAAACGAUAUUCGUUAAUAAUUUUAUUUCAGAUAAAUUUGUCGCAAAACAAAGUUCGUUAUUUAAUUCACACAGUUUACACCGUAUACAAGUAUUAAACUUUUUCAUUCAUUGUUCAUUUAUCUUUUGAAUGCAAUGGAACCUCAUUUUAAGUCUGUGAAAGUGUCUGCCAAAGUUGAUGUACAUAUGUCAGCGAAGGUCGAUGAGGUGCUGCUUAAGUGAGCGCGAUUUAUGCAUUAGGCGUUUUUCCUCGACUUUUUUGCACACUUUCUGUUCGCUUAGCACGGCUGUCUGAUGAGGCUGCGCCACUUUGAUCUGUCUUGAGUCAGUUCUUCCAAGUUCAAAGACCAAUGACGUACUAAUCAUAAUUAAGAAAAACAAGUGGUCAAGUGAGAACAAUAUAGGUGGGAUUUCAAUUAUUUAAAGUUGUUUUUAGGGACUAAAGUCUGUUUCCCUGGACGUCCGCGAAAACUGAUUUAUGGCUCAUGCGUUAACUUUAACUGUGGAAUGUUUUGAGCUAACUGCUCCGACAUAUAUCAAGAUUUGGAAGAUCCAUUUGCCAGUACCCUUAAUUCUGCUGCUAUAGACUAAUUCCCGCAUUAACCCCGCAGAGGAUUUUGUCACUUGAGAUGAGCAAAAUAGUUUCAACAAGAACCUCUCAAUUCAGUCAGUAUAUAUCCUUUCAGUAAUCUCAAAGCCCACUCCCCUGCUCCCCACCCCCCAUCGUUUUCUUAUUCUUCCUUAAUUCAGCUUCCCGCUGCUGAAUCUCUUACCUUUAUACGACCCACAAAUAAAAUUAAAAAAAAAAAGACCGGCAGCUACGCAGGCUGCCUCCCUUAUAAUUUUCUAUGUUCAGUGGAACACAGCUUCGGUGGCGCUCGAUUGCAACCUCCUAACCUUUUGGAAAGAAACUUACGAUCACUUUUAUAAUUUUGCUCAUGUUUCGAGCAUGGAUAAACAGCACGCAGUGAAAGUACUGAAGCAAUUGACGUCUAGUAGGCUCGAUUGCUACCCGCUGUGCAAGGAGUCCUGGAUUUCCCUCGGAAAGGAGGAUAAAUAAAGGCGCACCAUUUGAACAGGCUGAAAUGAGCUUUGAUGGAGGUGCAGAUGCGAAAUAGGCGCUCUUCUAUAUAUACAUGCCGGGAGAGACGCGGAAAUCGAACCUUGCACGACUUGGAUUGUACACAAUUUCCAUACUAAUUUAAUGACAGGAAAUUUUAUAAGUAACGAAACUGGAAGUUAAAGUGAUUUACCUCUAGUCUGAAGAAGCUAACUAAAAGAUCUUCCCUGCGCUGGGAACAAAUCAAGGAAAAUACUUUUGAUAAACAGGGAAAUAGAAAACAAAUAAAAAAUACCAUUUAUUUCUGAAUACAAAUAUCCAUACAGUGUUGGAGCAUGUCGGUAGUCGGUAAUUUUUUUCUCGUUUUGUCGGUAGUCAGUUAUAUUUUUCGCGGUUUGUCGUUUAUCGGCUAACUCAAUUCAGACCCGCUUUUAUAAGAAUAAGGAAGAUUGAACUUCAGAACAUAAUGGUGAUGUUACACGAGACGAUUCACAACGACGAUUUUUAGCGCAAUACAGCGUUGCAAUGCUGGAGCAAUAUUGUAACCAUUCGAAACAAUGUCGCAGCAAUGCUGCAACGCUGUGUUGCGCUAAAUAUCGUCGUUGCGAAUCGUCUCGUGUAACAUCACCUUAAAGAGGCUAACUGCCAAUGUUGGUGAUCACAGCAGUAACAAAAUAGAUCAAAUCUUGCCAUUGUGCAUUGCUAAAGAGCCGAUAAACGUGCAUCGAACCUGAAUUCCAUUUAUUUAAUGAUGGUGCAUAUAUCGUACCUUCGUUAUAGUGCCUUUAUCGAGCGUUAACCGUACUUCAUGGAGCCUUUUUUCAAACAAUCGUUGAUAUAUCAUCUAAGGAAAAAAGUAUGGUAUUGAAAAGAGAAAAAAUGAAAAACAAUAAACUGGAAUUUUAAGCUUGAAAGAAAGUCAUUUUUGUUUUAACGAAGCACUAAUUUUCAACUUCACGAGUUGAAUUACAAGUACGUUUUGCAUGUUCUUAAGGUGUCAUUAGUCUUUCUCUUCGCGCUUAAAUAACUUAGCUUAAAUGGUGCCUUCAUCAUGCUUAAGUGGUGCCUCAAGGACAAAGGAACGAUUCACGAAAUGACAAAGAACGAUAAUCGAGCCUCUAUGCACGGUUAAUAUGUAUCGUGCAUUGGCAAUUUGGUGUAUUAAAAGUUACGUUCUAACGGUAAAGGGUGUUUUUUUUAAAUUUAAUUACCAUGACAAUAUUGAAAUAGUUUCCUUAAAAAAGACUUUGUGCAGAAAAUAUAUCUACCUGGAGUUAUGAAAACCGUGAAAAAAAAUUAUGACUGUGAAAACAAGGCUAAGGUGAUUCGCCGACAGUGUGACUCUACAUCCGGGAACUUGAAUAAGACGAGUGUAAGUAAGAAAAGUCCAGAGGUGUUUAUCUGGCAAUAGGCUGAGUUUUUCCGAGUUACUCGAUGAUAUUUCGCGUAUGUUAAACGUGAGAAGAUUAUGCGUGGUUGUGGAUAGUCUUAUCAGUGCCGCGAAAGUGUGUGACUGUGUGAUUUCCGCAUGAUGUUGACGGGUAUGUGAUCGCGUGGUUGAACUGCGGUUUCGCCAAAAUAUUCUGUGCCAGCCAUUAAUAUUGUUUCUUCGGUGUUUAGCUUAGCUGAUUGUACCUUGGAAAAGCAACUCUCGACUCAGGAAAAUUGGAUCUAGGUCUAGUUUCAGCGGGCUCUAAUGGCAUUGCACCAUAGGCCGGUUUUUGCAGAUAAGGAGGUGAUAAUUUGUGCACUAUGUUUCAUUCAGUUUGUUGUCUAUUCCAUGCGGAAUCCUGUUGUUUAUCGGACCGCGAAAAAAGUAGUGUUUUGCUAACUAUUUAAGUUGUUAUGUAAGCCUUAACCAGCCACUCUUUCGCUGCAGUUAAAAAUUUCUAGACUGAAAUGACACCGGUUUGAAACUUCGCGAAGUCAGUUUACUGAAUAAAUGUUCUAAAAUUUGCGUUAGUUUAAAUUUGGACUCGUUGGAAUACUUCUAGGGACCAUUAACUUUCUGCUCGGCUUCAGAUAACCGCUUUUAAUCGGCCUUUGAAUGAGUUUUGUUUUAAAUUGCCAAGCCGAGUAGAAUUAGUUGAUAUUCUUGCUAACCCGGUUUUCAAAAAUCCAGGUAUAUAUACAGUCUCUGUGAUGCACAUUGAUUACUCAACAACCGUGCAGAAAAUCAAGUUUCUAUCACUGACACGAGUUUGGAGGAACUGCAACCUUAAAUAUAGCGUUAGACAUUUUUUUUUCCUUACAAAAAUGUGACCGAGAAGCCACUUAAGGUAAUUAUACUAAAGUCGCUCCUUUCGAUUUGUCGCUCAUAAAGAUAUCGACUGACCACUCGGACUUUGCGUUUCGUAUUCGAUUCCCAGCGGACGUUCUUUUCGGAUGCGUCAGCGCAAAAUACACUGGCCAAAAAAAGCCUGGAAAGACGCAGUGCAGGUGAAAUGAACCAGAUCGAUUCCGAGAAAUCUGCUUAUGUGACAUCGACUCUUAUCAAAGUGAAUAUUCUCCGAAAGACCCACUUGCAAUAGGCUGUGGACAUGGAGCAGUUUUAAAGUUUUUCUCUUACUGAACCAGCGAGAACAGGAAGCUGUCAGUAAGCUGAAUGUUGGCUUAGUUGGUUAAAUUUAAAGCGUUAAAACCAGGUUUACAGCCUUGACAUAGCAAGAUGAUGUGCACUGGGGUACACAAGUUAGAGAAGUCAAAUCUAAAGCCUCAAAGAUCCUAGGCCUAUUACGUACAAAUUGAUCUAGUGGUGGCAAAUAUGUUAAGAGAAAAGUUUGUCCGUCAGUGCCUCGUUUUAUAUUUGCUGUGCUAUUUAAAGACCUUCUUUUAAUGCGUUGUGCGAUUAUUUUAAUGUUACAUUUAAUUUGGUGACAGUCCUUACGGUUAACAUUUGAAAAAAAAAACUUUCAUGGGAACAUAUAAUACACAUAAUUGACCGGCUCCCAACAUCAGUGGCCUUAUAGCUUAGUUAGAGCGUGGCACCGAUAUCGUGACGUCACGGGUUCAAAUCCCGUUGAAGUCCCGAGAAUCUUCUUUUUUUUUUUCGGGUUCUUACGCAAUUGCAUAAAUUGCGUUCACAACUGCGAGGAUUGUUCAUUUGAAUUAUAUUAAUCUCGCCCCUUUCGAGUUGUCGCUAAUAAAAAUAUCGACUCCACUUCGAUUUUGCGUUUCGUCAGCGAAAAUAUAUUGACCUAGAAGGCCAAUGAAGACGCAGUACAGGUCAGGUGCAAUGAACUAGAUUCAUUCCGAGAAAUCUGCGCACGUGACAUCUAUCAUUAACCAAGUGAAUAUUCUGGGAAAGAUCCACUUGCAAUAGAUUGUGGACAGGGAAUGAUUUACUUAUAUUUCUUCGUGAACCGGCGAAAACGGAGUUUAUCAAAAAAGGUAUGUCAAAGUUUUUCUAAAGCUAAAAAUAGGCUGAAUGUAGUCUUGGUUGGUGGAAUCCAAGUGUUGCAGGGCCUCCGGUAACUGAUUAAUACUCACCUGCUGCCUGGAGUACUGUUUUCCGAGAAAUCUGUUCGCGGGACGACUGCUAUUUAGCAGAAUGUCUCGGAAGCGAACACGACAAAGUAUCAUGUAUUGAAUACAUUGACUAGAAAAACGAGAAGAAUAUUAGAAAAGUUCUAAAUUAAGAUCUGAAGUUUAGAGAAGUUAGGAUAGACCCCCCGAAAUAGCAAGUUAAGUUUACGGCGAAUAUGAUAAGUGAAAUGUAUCGCUGAUCAUAGACAUGUUCUUAAAGCAGUCGAUUUCUUUUCCCCUCGAUUAUACGGCCGAGGGAUAAACUAUGGUUAAGUACAAUCGAUCUACUGAAAAGCUCAAACACAUCCUCUUUUCCGAGAAAGAUGUCACAACAUGUACACGUGUCGUCUGUUACUGUUUUUUGCUUGCAAUUUAGGAUGUAGCAAUUGAGAGAAAGAGACUUUUGUUAACAAAUUUUAGAUUGAAGUGGAUCCGAUAGGGUGUUCUUCGAAUAGAUGCAAAUGUUGCGGGUGUGUGUUAUUUUUUCAAUUUUUGGCUAUACUUGGUCGCUGUGCACUGUAAAAAAUAGAAAGGAAAAUUUUGUAGUAGAAAUACAAAGGAAGGGAAACUCUGUACAUGAGAGUUUGUCGUUGUUAUCGUUAAGUUUGGCCUGGCUUCCGUAAUGCGGAAAUUAGCAUCCGCAGUUUGCUGCCUUCACAGCGUACAUAUUGCCAGUUUUGUGCGUGGCUAAACUCGAAAUCGUCGAUAUAUUUAAUCAGAAACUAUUUUCACAAGUGAUGGAAUAAAGGUUUCUAGGUAAUUCCGGAAAUUAAAGUGUUUAUUUCAAGCCCGAUUGGCUUGGGUUCUUUUCCAAAACUGGCAUCUCGAAGAAAACCUUUGGUGCUAAAGUUUAUUUUCAGUGUAACCUUUAAACCUUGUCGCAUUUUCGAGCUUCAGAAAACAAUAAAAAUGAAUUUAGUGUAGACAAGGAUGUGUGUUUAUCGAAACGCUCUACGAGUGGUCUCUGGUGCCUGAGACGUCACUGGACCACGCCAGACAAAACGAAGUCAAAUGCAAACUAAUUAGAAAAAUUCAGAAGAGCCAUGAAAUUGUAUAUGAUACAUUUGCAAUCUACUAAGUAUAUCCUAUUUCUGUUGGUUUGCUUGCUAGUAGUUGUAGAAGUAAUGAUUAACUUGUUCGUGUUAAGCACUUCUUGAUAGGGAAUUAACGUACUCCAUUAUAUUAUACACUCCUAGUAUAUUUUCUCGCGUUUAACACAAUGAGUUCCGUUGCAAUCGCUUUGUUUGAUGAAAUUUCCAAUAGUCUCCCAGUUAACGAAAAAAUGGAUUUGCACCAAAUUUGUUCAGCGCAAAUCUGAUGCAAAUUUGUGCAAAAUGAGGAAUAAAUCCGUGCAAACGUAGUAAAUGCCACAUUUGCAUACCCAUUUACACCCCGGUGUACUGAAUAGGUAUGCAAAUGUGGCACUUACCACCUUUGCACAGAUUUCCUGCAUUUUCGGCGUAAUUUUUAUUUUGACUUCAUUUGAAAUGCUGAGAAAGUAGGAUUAGGGUCCCUACCUCCAUCCUUUCUUCCAUGCUUGUCUCCUUAAUUCUUUUUUACCUUCUUUUAUUUCCUUCCUCCCUUCCCUUCUUUUAUCUUUCCUUUCUUAUCAUCAUUGACUUGUAACUGUAAGAAUUUUUUUUUUCAGACCAGGGAAAUCAAUAUGUUGAUGUAACCUGAGUAUAAUGAAUGAACAGAGUAAGUAAGAUUGCAUCUACAAGAUAAGUUAACUCACUGUUUGGCUGUCUUCUAUCUUUGACAAGAGGAGUUUGAAGGUCACCUCCACUAAUCCUCCAAUGUUUUUGCCCCCAUAGUGGUUGUAGAAGACGAUGAUGAUUUUAACGUGAUUCAGCCAACCCUCCUGCAGCAAUUAAAGACCAUUCUAGAUCAAUACCCUGAUGAUGGGCAGAUACUAAAGGUAAUAUUCAUUUAGUUAAAAAGCCUUAAAACCGAUCUUUCUGAACAAAUAUAUCCCUUUUACCAUUUAAAUCUCUGCUUACGUUCACUGACGCUUAUUUUUUGUCACACCCGGUGUUUAAGGGAGGAGGGUAAUCCUGGUAACAGCACCCCUCCCACCCCCGUGGUUGCUGUUCAUGGCUAACAAACAGCCUGGAUAUAUUAACCUCAAUCCUGCAUUUAUCCUAGUUAAGUUACACCAGCUGAACCUGUUUUUAGUAUCAUCCCUUUAGAGCUCAAUAUGCGUGUUAAAAGUUGUUCAUAUUUUAUUUUUUAAGGAACUCAUUCAAAAUGCUGAGGAUGCUGGUGCGAGCCAAGUGAAAUUUCUGUAUGACAAACACAGCUAUGGAACGGACAAACUGCGCAACGAAAAGCUUGCCACGUUUCAGGUGAGAUUUGAAAAAGAGGUAGAUAAGAAUUGAGUGCAGUGUUUUCUGCAGUUUUCUGAGAGAUAAGCAACAGGAUCUAACAAUAUCUGCAGGGUCUUACCUGACUGACAGCCACCAUUGCUGUUGUCUGUCUUAGGUGGGUUGUUGGAUUGGGUGUGACCGGGGAGCGCCACUGAAUCUGGUGGUGCUUUUCCCCGCGACUGGGCAGGUUUUUGUUUAGUUAAACUGAUCGUUGGAUAGUGUCUUCAGUUCAAACUUGUAAUUUCUUCGUAACAGGGACCAGCGCUUUAUGCCUACAAUAACGCCGAGUUUACCAAAGGCGACUGGAGGGGGAUCAGAAUGCUCUGUGACAGUAACAAAGUCAAAGAUCCAAUGAAAGUUGGUCGGUUUGGCCUUGGUUUCAAGUCAGUAUUUCACAUGACAGGUAGGUACAUCGCACGGAACAAUUCGCGCCUUGUAUAUCUGAUCGUCUGCAUUAAAUGUUAUAUUCACCGUUUUUUUGUGUAGCUUUUUAUUUCGAGAAUCAUUGGCCAUGUUAAGAAUUAAUAAAUAUGAUUUAUUGUUUGUUACUAGAAAAUUAGCUAAUUGCUUAUAGUCGCCCACAACAAGAAUAGAAACUUACUAAAAAUCAAAAACCGCUGAAACUUCGCAAUGACUAAAGACUAACUAAUUGGCUAUCUGUUACUAAGGAUACCCCAGCCCAUUAUAUGACCCUGCAUUGGCUGGUUCCAGACGCGUGUAAGAUAAAGCCUCUUUUGCCCGUUAAGGAUUUUCCGCUUAGGCCCUGCCAGAAAUAGUUCUCUUGAGAAUAUAAUAAAUUUAUCACUCCAUCACUCGCCAAGUAUGUUCGGCCAAGAUGGCUGGAUGUUAGCCUCGUGUUUAGUUUUUGCCUUUCCAUUGACCUCAACUUCACGAAACGUUUCUCUGGCAAUAUCCGGCUAUGUUGACGUCACGUUUGGUCAAUAACGCACACAGGCAUAUAUCUGAAGCAUUUUUCCUUGGCUUUUAGAUUUACCGAGCAUCCUCAGCAACACACGGAUAGGUUUCAUUGAUCCACUGGAGCACUUGAGUGAUCACAAAUAUCGAAUAACUGGGUUCAGCUGGCCUCUAAAUGAGCAUGAAAAAAUGGAACGUAUACAAGAUCAGUUUCGUCCUUACAAAGAGAUAUUUGAUUGUAACGAUAAGGUCUUUUCUGAAGGAAAGUACUGUGGGACAUUGUUCCGUUUCCCUUUACGGAACACUCCGUCCAAAUUAUCAGAGACAUUGUACUCGCAGGAAAAAAUGGAAAGGUUGUUUGAGAGUUUUGUUGCCGAUGCUCACCUUGUGCUUUUGUUUCUUCGAAAUCUGGAAUCCAUUGAGCUCUACACGCGAGAGAUUACAGAAUCCAUUCCAAAAAGAAUCUUUCAAGCGAGAAUCAGUGAAGAUAGCCUUGAGUUAGUUAGGAAGAAAAGGAAGGAGUUCUUUGAAAAAAUCGAACCAGGUAAACACAUGCUUGAGCCUGUCACAGUGACGUAUCCAGUCACAAUUGAGACGGUUGUGCGGGAAAACAACAUUCAACAGUUUUCCUUCCUUGUCACAAGCUACUGCUGUGGUGGGGAGCUCUCAUCCGAGUUUAAGACGCUUCUGACGGAUGAAGAACUUAGCUAUUUACCCUCCGUUGGCGUUGCUAUGGGGGUUCCCCCAACAAAGGACCUCCCGACGCCUGAUGUUGCGGGGCACGUGUUUUGCGCUUUGCCUUUGCCUGUGCAAAAAAAGAGCAUGACAGGUUUGCCCGUUCAUGUAAAUGGAUUCUUCGCCCUCACUCAGAACAGACGUCACAUCAAGACACCAAACAAAGAUCAAGAUGACCGAAGCAAACUUACUGACAAGUCCUUGUUGUGGAAUUGCUGUUUGAUGGAAGAGGCUCUUCCAAAAGCCUAUGUGACGAUGAUUAAGGAAGCCAUUAUCAACUUCAACAUGAAUCCCGAUGCAGUGUACAAGUAAGGUUUUAUUUUUGCUUAUUAAAUCGUGAUUUUUUUCUCAUAACCUUGCAAUGUUAUUGGCAUGUGGUUGUGUAUAAGUUGGCAUGACCUCCUUUAGUUCGGAGUAAUUUCCUCGGCUUGACAAUCUUAUUGCCUAUAGGGGUUCUUUAACAUGCUUGUACGUACCUGGUAUUUAAAUACAUUAUGUACAGGUAGCACAGCUUGUACUAAAACAGAGAAAAUAAUAAGUUUGUUCUACGGCAUUAGUUGACAAGGUGAAUAGCUGGCGUUUCCAGUACUUGCACUUCGUCAAAGCCAAUCAAGGGAUUGAGGACCUCGGUAGGAACAUGGUAACAGAAAAACAAAAAAAAGCAAAACACAUUUGAAUGACAGGUGUUUAUUGAUUUUUUUUUUGUGAUUUCAAGUGUCCAUUUCAAAGACAAUUUUUUUUCCUUUUAACCCUUUCGCGCGGAAGCGCACUUAACCGCGCUCGUGAGGAUCCAAUUCCCUUCUACCGCUUGUGACGCCAUCAGUAUUACGGUCACAGACAGCCUUGUCCGCUGACUUGUGUACGGUGAAGAGAUCUUUCAAACCAUACCAGAAUGAGGGCGAGUGAGUCAACUAGGAGGCCGGAGAAAAAGUCAAAAACCCGUGUGACAUUGACCUGAAAAUUCCAAUGUAAAUCGUCUUCCAUUACCCACCUACCUUAGCCUUUCUUGUAAUCUAAUCCUAAGAACCUAAAAGCUUUCACAAAAACUUUUCCCACCAAAAUGAAGCCUACGUAAGGCCCAGUGAAAGAAAAAAACCAGUAAGAAGAGCGAAACGAGAGGGGAGGAGAUAAAGCGAAAAGUAAAAGUGAAGACUGCUGUGACACUUUUAAACCCAAAAACUUUCUGCGCAUGCCCGAACUUCGCAAGCUAAUGUUUUGCAUCUGGAUCAGAAGGCCGCAAAGUGUACGACUUAUAAGCGGUUUUGUGGCAAGGUUUAGUUCUUUUUAGCACGACAGUGAUGAAAAAACGGCUCAACUAGCUUCAAAACGCGAAAAACAAGAAACGCUUUUGGUUCAACUAACUUGCAAACAUCGCCAGAAUAACAUAUCCUUGUUUUUCCUGUUACACGCUCAAUAUUAAACCACACAUAACACAAAAUCGGAUCCAAAUUGAAUCAAAUGUAAAACAACCACGUCAGUGUUUUCGUAAAUGAAUGAUUUUUUUAUGAAGAAAAAACUGAAAAAACGUCAACAGAGCUACGUACUAGGCGUCGGAAAGAAACCUCGUUAUUGCUUAUAAUAUGGUUUUUAUAGUUACUUGAUUUUUACAAAGAAACUUUUAUAUUAUUUGUCAUUCAGAGCAUGGCCACAUAACGCAGUUAUUGACCCAGCUUGGGAAAGACUUCAGGGACCAUUUUUACAGCUGAUGUGUGGUGAACCCUUCGUAUACACUCCAGCCGGUGGAGGUCAGUGGCUGAAGGCGGAGGAGGCCAUCUUUGACACCGUCCACAAACAUGACAGCGAACUUAAGCAGCUUCUCGUCACAGUUUUGCUUCAAGCCAAUCAAAAUGUUGCCUGCCUGCCCAAUCAUGUGCUGGAGGCCGUAUCUGUCACACAAGAGAUGGAGAUCACUCCCUCGCUGGUGCGAAAAGUGCUCAAAAAUUUCCCAACCGGCUAUAGGAGCCUUGAUCGAAAGCACAAGUUGCUACUUUUGAAAUUCGUCUUGAACGGCCAAUUCACAAACGUUGAAGAACUCCUUGGUUUAGAGUUAUUACCCACUUCGAAUCAAGGUUUUACAUCUUUUUCAAAGGAUGAUAGACCUAUUUUUAUCUGCUCACGUGAGUAUCCUCAAGAAGUUCAGCUUUUGCCAGGCCUAGGACAUCGCUUUUUAGAUCACGACGUUGACGAACACCUGUUUAGAAGCCUAGAAGCAGUUGCAGAGAAAGGUAUGUUUAUUACGAAAUUCCUUGAUAUGACGUGCGAGUAACUGAAGGAGUAACUCUCUGUGAAAGACUAAAGCAAAUUUAAGAAUUGGAAUAGAUAUUCUACCGAAUGAAUAAAUACAAUUUUCCAUCUCGUGCUUCAUUUCUUGCUUUAGCAUAAGUUGAGUAUUUUUAAAACUGCGAUGAUCUUCUCCGCAUUUAUAUUUUCAUCUUGCAGUUCAAAUAUAUGAAAUUCAUGUAUUAUCAUUUUCUUCUUAAUCUUUCCCGGGUAUGUUACGAAACAAUUUAAUGACCAUCUCCCAGUCGGCUUGCUAGCGCUGCACAGGUAUCGCAGGGCUCAGGGUUCCAAUCCCGCCUAGCCUGAAUUUUUCCAGGCUUUUUUUUGGCAACAGCAUAAGUCACGUAUUUAGGUUGUUAUGAUAACCUUCUCCGCAUUUAGUUCUUCUGCUUAAUGGUAAUUAAAUUGUCACCAAAUAAAUUAUUCAACACACAAAUGACCGCAGUCGAAGCUAGCCACAGUGGUUACAGCUGUCACGAGAAAUAUUCGUACUUAUGUCCUUGAAGUGUCGCUAAGCAAACAAGCUUUAAUUUCCAUCCAGCGAAACAUUUUCAGCCGCCUUAAGCUGAUCAAAACCAAAGACAACAAUUUCAUCGGAAUUUUGACAGGAAUUUUCCAGAUUGUUAUUUGCUUUCUUGGCUCGUAACCCUUUUCGGAAGUUUCCAAUACCGUGUCACUAGAAACAUGUUUUGCUUGAGUUGCUUGCAGGAUCCUCAUUUUAAUUGGAGGUUAACAGGAAAUGAGAGUCUAUUGUUUACUUUAUUUUUAUUUAGGAUGCACUCAGUUGGGGAGUCUUUGUAAAGAUUAUAUGCCAGAGUUACUUCGCGAGGCCCUGCCGUCUGAAUGGGAAGGAAAAGAUAUGGUUCAAUGGUAUCCCGAUGAUAAGAGGUACCAUCAUCCCACGAAGAACUGGCUUAAGCACGUGUGGGACUACCUUCGAGAACAAUUUGAAAAAGAUCUCUGUAAACUUAAGAACCUUCCUUUGAUUCCACUUGACCUCUCGCGCCACCCGAUAGAAUUGACAAAGAUGACAACCCCGUCAAAAAUUGUUGAGAGCAAGCUGAGUGAAAAUAAUGAUAUCCUUGACACCUCUUUGUGUCACGUGUUAAAGGCCUUGGGUGUUAUAAUAAUGAAAAAUUGCCCACAUUUUCUGAAAAGCCAUCCUGGAAUAGAUAAAUUUGUUCACCCACCAUCUGUCAAGGGUAUUCUGCAGGCGUUGUUGUCUUCUUCCAGCGUGAUGGGGGAAGGCCUGCACUCGGCUAUUCUGAGCGACGUUGGAGAUAAUCACAGGCGUUCCUUAAGAAAAUUAAUUGCUAAAGUGCCAUCAUCCUUGUCUUUUAAAGAGAAGGAGUAUCUUUCCUGCCUUCCACUUUUCGAGACUCUGUCUCAGGACUUCGUGUCCAAAAAGCAGGGGCUAGGUGCCUUACCAAAAGAAGCUCUACCAUUCACACCCCGCGGAGACUUUAUUGAUGUUAAAGAGCCCGACUCUCUGGCUUUGGCGCGCUUAUUAGACAUCCAAAUACCGACGCUGACAGAAUUUUUGUGCGAGCGAAUAAUUCCAGAUGUCAAAGGAGAAAGCUAUGUUGAACACGAGAUUGACAACGUGAUGAUGUUUGUGAUAGGUCAUAUUGACACCGAUGCAAGGCUAGUAGAGAAGAUGAAAACUUUGAAAUUUGUCUCAACUAACAGUGAAGGACGGGUUUCAGCUAUGGAACUCUUCGAUCCCAGAAAAGGCAAACUUAGGGAAAUUUUUGCUGGCGAAGAUGUUUUUCCCGUCUCGCAGUAUACUGCUCCUGAAGUCCUUAGACAUCUAGAGAAACUUGGCAUGAAGAGUGAGGAAGAUAUCACAGCUUAUGACCUCUACAAAAGUGCCACGAAGGUCGCUGACAUUGUAACACAGGCAGAGGCAGAGAGGAAGUCGAAAGCAAUUUUGAGUUAUCUGUGCAGACAUCCCAAGAAGCUUAAGGAGAACGUCUCUGGAGUGUCGCUGGGAAUAAAGCUUCAAGAUGUCCCUUGGAUAUCGCCAGUGCUAGUAAAGCCCCCUAAUUUUCCCAGUAGCCUUCCUUUCUACGGAGAAAAUGAAACAAAAGCUUAUUUCUUCAAGCCCACGGAGGUAGAGACCAAAGAUAAAGCGUCCUUAAUUGGAGCAAUAAGGCCUGUUGUUCCAGUUGAUUCAUCAAGUGAAGUAGCCAAACAUCUUGGUUGGGACAAGAGUCCCCGUGCACUGGACGUUGUGGAGCAUUUUAAAAUCUUGAUCGAUUGUUACAGAAAGGAUGAAAAGCCACAGUAUAUGUUAAUGGUGGGCGAAAUUUACUCUUUCCUUCUUAGGACAGAUGAGACUCACGUGGAACAAGCGUUGGAUGGAAUCAAGAGCUCAAGAUGGAUUUGGAAUGGAGACGGCUUUUCCUUUCCAAAUGCUGUGCUUGCAGGAAAGCCUUCUAUUGACCUCUCGCCUUACAUUGCAUCCCUUCCUACAGAGAUGAAUGCCUACUCUGAAUUGUUUUGCAAAUUUGGCAUGCAAGAGCAGUGUGAUGUUUUAUGCUUGCUUUCUGUACUUAAAUUGAUUAAACAGAAGUAUGAAGAUUGUGAGGAGCAACAGUUUGAUCCUAAAGACGUGGAAAGAGAUUUACAGUUGUCUAUUAACAUUUUGAAUAAGGUGCAAUCUGAAGGCGGUGGAGAGUUAUCAUCAGAACUUCUCCAGCACGUUUUGCUUCCAACAUUCGUAGAAAACGAUACUUAUGUCAAACUAGCGCAAGGGGAAAAAUGCGUGUAUUCCAAGAAAGGGUCGCGACCAUUGUGUGAUGAUGAAAACACGGAUUAUUUACUGUUACACCAAAACGUCCCUUAUAGCACUGCGGAAUUUUUCAAAGUUCGAACGCUACAGAACAGCUUACUGGAUCCUGAUGAGCUCGGAAUUGGGGAAGAGUGUGGACAGGAGGAGAAACUGACUAGUCGACUCAGGACACUGUUGGAGGAUUACACCGAUGGAUUUGCAAUACCGAAAGAACUUAUUCAAAAUGCAGAUGACGCGGGUGCAACGGAGGUCAGGUUCUUGUACGAUGAAAGAACUAAUGAAGAUGCAAUGGACCUUUUGUUUGACGAAGGAAUGAAAGAGUGCCAGGGUCCCGCUUUGUGGGUUUACAACGAUGCUUUAUUUGAAGACAAAGACUUUGAAAAUCUGACAAAGUUAAAUGGAGCGACAAAAGAAGAAGACACAGAAAAGAUUGGAAAAUUUGGACUUGGUUUCAAUGCAGUGUACAAUCUGACAGACGUUCCCAUGUUAGUAAGCCGAAACUACUUUGUUAUCUUUGAUCCUAACACUUUUCAUCUCGGAAAAGCAAUAAGGAACAAAAACAAGCCAGGUAUAAGGCUCAACACUAACAAAAACGCCAAGAAGCUAAAGAAUUUUCCCCAUCAGUUUAAGCCGUUCAAUGGUAUCUUUGGUUGCGAUCUUUCUCUGAAAAAUGAAGACAACUCAUUCCAUGGAACUCUGUUUCGCUUUCCUCUACGUACCGAAAAUCAGGCUAUAAAGAGCGAAGUAAAAAAACUUGUUUAUGACGGCAAGCAAGUGAAAGAACUUUUGCAGCUUUUCAUGAAAGGGGCAGGAUCGCUAUUACUCUUUACGCAGAAUGUCCGUCGAGUCAGUGUUUCUCAUUUGUCUAAAGAGGCGACAGAUGCUGCACAACCUACACUGAUGUUUGAAGUGACAAAGUCAUUAAGGCAAGGAGGGAUCAUACGGAAAUUGUCUAUGCAAGUCGACCUUCCUCCUACUGCAAGCAAUCUUGGGAGAGAAGAUAAACGCUGUCUGGAGCAAUGUAACUUUCUUAAGGCAGCAACAAAAUUUGUGGAAGAAGCAGAAACUCCCAGUGCCAUUUUGGGUAGGUCAGGGAUAAUCCUUGACAUCCAGAACAACAUGACGGAGGAUGGACGCCCUUUCUUUCAAGACACUAGUACGCUACCAUCUGGCGUUGAGACUUGGCUUGUCGCCUCUUCCAUGGGCAAAGGCGAAGCUCUGAAGUUCUCCCGGGGUAAAAAAGGUCUUAUUCCUUCUGCAGGAGUUGCUGUUCGACUGUCCCUUGACAAUGGCUCUGUUUCAGGCUCUCUUUGUCCUUCAGAUUUUAAAGGAACCCUGUUUUGCUAUCUUCCACUACCAAUCUACAGUGGUCUUCCUUUACACGUUAAUGGUGCUUUUGCAGUAGCCUCAAACAGACGAACUUUGAAAGAGAAAACAAACGAUGACAAAGCCUGCGUUGGAGUAGACUGGAACAAUAUUCUAUUCCAAGAUUCAGUUUGCGCAGCGUACCUAGACCUUCUGGAAGACGUUAAGUCAUUUAGUACUCAAAUGUCCGGGAGCAAAUACCAGUUUCAUUCGCUGUGGCCUACGUCUUGUAAAGUGGAAAAGGCCUGUGAGCCUCUCGCGAGAUCACUCUAUUAUCACCUUGCUUGUAGUAGUAGUUCCCUUUUCUCCGAUGGAGAAAAAUGGGUCAGCAUCCAUGACGUUGUCUUUCUUGAUCCUCAGUUUCGCAAAGAUUCUGAAGUCGGUGACAUUUCUUUCGAAGUAUUUCAGAUGUUGGUUUCUAAGGACAUAGCCGUGAUCGAUCUUCCCUUUGAUGUGUACAAAUCGUUUGAAAACUAUGGGUACGAAGAAGUGAUUUGUUCCAAACGAUAUGACGAGAACAGGUUCUUUUCCGACCUGUUUUUCCCCAACAUUGGUUCUGUACCGCCUCAGUUUAGAGACAGGCUGCUCAUGUACGCGCUGGAUAAAAUGAAUGAGGGUCUUGACGAGCUGAUUAAGAGUCAUGCCUGCAUUCCAGCAACUCCGCAUGGUCAAAUACUCAAAUGCCCUAGCCAGCUCAUAAGUCCAAACGGAGAUGCUGCAUUGUUGUUUUCCCCGUUAGAUGAAAGGUUUCCACAAGGCAGUGAACAAACUUUUCUUCACCCUUCACGGCUUUUUAAACUCCAGCAGCUUGGAAUGGCGACGGAUAACCUCUCCUGGUCUGAAAUCGCAGAACGGGCAGAGAGCAUCAGCAUCCUGAAUCAAAGUUCCACUGAUGCAGCAAAUGAAAGAGCCGAGAACCUGAUCGCUUUCUUAGAGAAGAAGCUCAGUCGUGACGGAAAUCCUCCACCUAUGCCUGAAGAUUACUCUCGAAUUCUGAAGGCGAAAUUUUUGCCAGUUCUCAAGAAACCCCAGUCGUUUCCUCUCACUUGGAAAGGAAGUGAUACUAAAAGUGGAAAAAAUCAAGUGUUCGUAUCUGCGAUAGAGGGCUUUUUACCUGAACACAUGUAUCUUUUAUGCUGCAGUGAGCCAAUAAUAGGAGGGUAUAUUUCAGAAAACGCCAAAACCUUUUUGGACUUAAAAGGCAAACGACCCACAGUAGAGCAUGUACUUGAACAAAUAACCAAGGCCAUUUGUACAGAAAGCGAACUGAAUGAUGCUGAGUAUGAAGAGAUAAGAAAUACCUGUACCCAAUGCUACAAAUUUCUUCAGGAAGCUCUUGGCAGCAGUAAAACCAGAAUAGCCAGUUUUUCUCAAGACACAGACUUCAUUCUUGUCGGAAAUAAGUUUUUACCUGCAAAGAAAGUUGCUUUCAACCUACCCGUCGAUUGUUCUCCAUACCUGUACAAGGUUCCAGAAGAUUUGGCCUGGCGAUACCCGAUGUUGAUGAAGGUAGCUGGCGUUAGAGAAACUUUCCAGGCAGACGAUUUUAUGAAUGCUUUAAGGCAGAUUAAAGAAAACUUUCAAGAUGAAGCUCUCGACAAGGAGACACUUCAAAUUGCAAUCAAUCUGGCAAUUCAGUUAGAAAAAUCGCUGGGUGAAGAUCACCAACCUGUAGCACCUGAAUGCCUUUAUCUACCAGAUGCUUUCGGAGUAAUGCAACGUGUAAGUGAACUUUGUAUUAACGAUUGCCCCUGGAUUUUGGGAAACACUGAUGUCCAAUACGUCAAUCCUGGAAUUCCCACGUUAAAAUGUUACCGCCUAGGGGUAAAAACACGACGAGCAGAGGCCUUGCGACAUCACGCCUAUGGCAUCUCUUUUGGACAACGAGAGAAACUGGAAAACCGCUUAAAACGGAUUUUGGAUGCCUACCCUUGUGGGAAAGAACUAUUAAAAGAACUUCUCCAGAAUGCUGAUGACGCUCAAGCAACUGAGAUUUGCUUUGUUGUGGAUCCACGAAGCCAUUCCAAAAUUCGAGUAUUUGAGAAGUGCUGGGAACCAUUACAGGGCCCUGCGUUAUGUGUGUAUAACAACAAGCCUUUCACAGAAGCUGACCUUGUAGGUAUACAAAAUCUUGGAGAAGGAAGCAAGGGGGACGAUCCAAACAAAACCGGCCAGUAUGGAGUUGGUUUCAAUGCCGUCUAUCAUUUAACAGAUGUACCUUCAUUUAUAUCUACUGGAGAAGAAAUUGGUGACGUCUUAUGUGCAUUUGAUCCAAACUGCCAUUACGUCCCCGGAGCGAACCCUCAAGAACCUGGAAGAAUGUACAAAAAAACAAAGGAGCUCAGGAACCUUUUUCCCGACGUGUUUUCCUGCUACCUCGAAGAACACUUUCAACCAUUUGAAGAUUCAACUAUGUUUCGAUUUCCUCUUCGAACACAACAGAUGGCAAAGGAUUCCAGUUUAUCAACAAAGCCAGUCACCUUGCAGGAACUAAAAGAAAUGAUGGAAGCCCUGAAGAAAGAGCUCUUUGAAGUCCUUGUUUUUGUUAAUAAUGUUAAGAAGAUAACUUUAUGUGAUAUUGAUGAGGACAGCGGCGAUAUUUUGAGCAAAUAUUCAGUGGAGGUGGUGAUGUCCCAUGAGGAUGAACAAAAACGACAUGAAUUUGUUAACCAUUUAUUGCAGACCGGAAAGUCGACUAAACAGAAAAGAAGUGUUUUGUUAAACACUGAGGUUAAAAAGUGCUCCUACAUCAAAACAUUGCGAGACUCUUAUGGUAAGGAAGAGAAGUGGUUCGUUGUUCAGCAGUUCGGUUUUGAAAAACCAGUCCCACCAAGCAUAGCCUAUGCUUACCAAAACCACGAUCUGGGGCUCAUUCCUCGAGGUGGGGUGGCAUGCCUUUUGGAAAAGAACUCUACGAGUGUAACACCCCUGAGAAAAAAGAAAGUUUUUUGCUUUCUUCCGCUCCCCAUCGAAACUAACCUGCCAGUUCACAUUAAUGGGCACUUUGCUUUGGACCAUGAAGCCAGAAGAAAUUUGUGGUGGGACGAGACAAGCGGCUAUCGAAGUGACUGGAACAAUGCCCUGCUAAGUGAUGUGAUAGCAUCAUGCUAUCUAACACUUUUAGACGAGGUGAGGAGAUUCUAUCAACUACCAGUCACCCCAGGCGAAUUAGAAAAUCUGAGUUGUUGUGAACAAGAUUUGGCUGAAAGAUUCAAAGAUUUCGAGAAGUUGUUUCCAAAGUUUGAUGGCCAUGAUUCUCACUGGAACACACUUGUAAAGUCCGUUUAUAAGAAAAUGGACGAAAAGCGAUGUCGGCUUCUUCCGGUGGUGAAUUGCUGGUCACGAAACGCUGCCCAUGUUCGUCAAAUCCAGGUGACAUGGCUUCCUCCUACUGGUACUGGAAAUGAUCAGGCAUUCUUUAACAAUAUUGGUACUGAUGGAAGCCCUGGGAAAGACAGGACACCAGGAAAGCAUCAUCUCGCAAAAAUCCUCAUCCAAACGGGAUUUAACCUACUGAACCUUUCCGCUUCAAUCUGCGAAGCAUUCAACAGAUCUGGUGUAAGAACUUGCUAUGUGUCGCCUUCUUCGGUUAUAAAUUUCUUUAAGAAGUACGACUCUCAAGAUUCCCAUUGUAUCCUUCGCUCUGUUCCAGUCGAUGUCGGUGAGACACCUUUAGAGAAUGCUGCCACCGUUUCACUUGUGCUUGCGUAUUGCAAGUCUCAAGAUCAUUUUCUCCGUGAUUUACAUGGUCUUCCCUUGCUGUUAACGCAAGACAACGUGCUCCGAACGUUUGACGUGAGUAAUCAGAAAUUUUUGUCCCGAUACCACGACAUUUUGCCAAAUUCUGAAGAGAUGUUUGUUCACGAGAAAAUAAGAAGUAGCAUUUUCAGUAACCCAGCAAGUGUUGAAGCACGUGUUUUCCGACGUUUUGAUGUGAGUGCUUUCGUGGAAUUUUUGCCUAGAUCCUAUCCAGUUUUGUUUAAUCAGUCAGAUUAUUAUCUUCAGUGGGAUCCAGAAAAUCCAACACAACCAGGUAGACCUUGGGUUACCAGAGUUUGGAGCUUCCUUGGAGAAACACUGAUAUGUAAUCAGUUAUCAAGUUUGCAAGCAAGCAUGCUGUCAGUACUUACGAAAAUGUAUAGCUGUAAAAUUCUCCCUGCAACCGAAAAACCUUCCAACAUUGACCUCUCUGAUUCAUUUCUGGCCAAAGGAGAAUAUUUAGUGCCCUUGAAAUUAGCGGGAACUGUUCUUGACUCCAAUGAGAUGUAUAAAGGCGUUCCACUAUUUUCAGCUCUUAGAGAUCUGGGUCUGCCUGAGAUGAAUAAUACGGUGCUUUGUGCUUCGUCUGCGCCUAAUUCAUUCCUGGGUUCCUAUUAUCUUGCACGGCAUCUCGUGGCGUCCCCUGAGAAACCCAAAUCUAUCAUUGCUUCACUGGCUCAAAUGAUGACAAGAAAGCCUCAUGCGUUACAAGGAAAACUGGAUGCUUCAGGGUGCAAGAUUGUUCUCCGUUAUUUUAGCCAGAGUGUUGAAAGCCUUAAGGGAACGUUGUCUAGAGAAGAAUUAGAGUCAUCUAAGACUGUUUUACGAAAGCUCCCCUUUUAUCCUGCUACGCACAAUCGUCUUGUCAGCCUUGAUAACCAGAAAGUUUGCGUUUUACCGAAUAAAAUACCUAGGGAGGAGAUGACCAGUCUGGAGGAGAAGGUCGACGUAUUGUUUCUCGAGCAUGUCUCAGAUCUCCUCAAUUUAUAUGAGUUUCUGGCGUUUGAUUGUAUCACGACGGUGGAUAUAUAUUGUCAGUUUAUCUUGCCUAAUUUUGAGAUCUUCAGCAAGGAGGCACGAAUGAGACAUCUCCUGUAUCUUCGAGACUCGUUGUUGAAGCAUUUUCUAGAAGAGAAAGAGAAGGAGAGAUUACUGAGAUGCUUGAUGAAUACGGCAAUCAUAACCACCCUCGAGGGCACACUAAGAAUGGCGUCUUUUUUCUUUGACCCAAGGAAUGAAGUGUUCAGAGCCAUGCUACCAGAAGAAAUGUUUCCACCCGAACCUUUCAAUCACCCAGAAUGGUUACCUUUUAUGAAAGUGAUCGGUAUGAUUAAUGAAGUUUCUGGGAAACAUUUCAUCAGCUUUGCUAAAGACGUUGCACGGGAAGCAAAGAUGCAUCGCACAUUGAAGACAGUCGAAAAAUCAAAGCUACUAGUUUCCAGCCUUUUCAAGCGCUCAAAAACAUCGGAUGGACUCCUGCAAGCAGUUUGUGAUAUUCCUUUUGUGGUUUCAGAUCCAAUUCCCGAGGACCUUAAAAAGCUACAUACACCGUUUGGUGCACAGAACGAUGACCGAAAUCCGUUUAUUUCAUUUAAAGACUCUGUCCUUUACAACCACAUCGAAACCGUGUGGACGACAGCGUAUCUACUUCCAAAGUGGGCAGAUCCUAGGGAACCGUCGAACUUGACAAGAGAAGAUUCUGUUAGUACCAUUCUUUCGCAUCUAAGAGUUUUGGUUGAGCCAACAUUGCAAAUGGUAUUUUCCCACUGCAUCAAUAUUGUUCAACAAGGUGCUGUAGAAAAUGCUAGCAAUUUUCCGGAAGGUCAGGUUGUGGCAAGAACGUCUGUCAUGAGAAAGAUUUACGCAUUUUUGGAUCAGAAAGUUACCCAAGGCAUUGCUGUCCAUAGUGGCCUUCAGGACAUACCUUGCAUUUUAGUUGAAAGGGGAGCAAGGUUUGUGAAAUGCAAACAAGUAGUUCUCCAUGGGUCUGAAGAUCUUGAGAUAACACCCUUUCUUUAUCGACUACCUCUUGAAAUCGGAGAUUUCCACAGGCUCUUUUUGCACCUCGGAUGCUCUAAAGAUGUUAGAGCUACCCACUAUGCUAUGGUCUUGGAAAUGUUACACGAUCACGUCCGGUCGAUGAAGCUGAAUCCAAAUCAGAUCACAAGCACUUUGAAAGCAGUUCGAGGUUUUUUCGAAAGGUUAAAACAGCAUCCCGACGAGAAAAUUGAGUGCCAAAACUUGUACUUACCAGCAGUUUAUCCGGUAAACAGAUGCUCCUUCGACAACCUGCACAAGUCUACUGAUUUAAUAUUCGAUGACACUCCACACUAUCGGCGUAGGCUUGAGAAGUACGACCAACUAUUUGUGGUGGACCUAAAGAUGGUAGAGCUACAAUGCCCUUCUUCGAUGAACUACAAAGACUACAUUUUGUGCCUUCCAGAUAGCUUACGGCCGCAAUUUCUAUCUAAUGUUGUACAGGAAAAAUUAGUUACUUCUCUGGAGAGUGGCGGUCUGAUUCCCCAUGUUGCCGUUGCUGAUUCCUUAAAAAAACAGCUGUGCUCGGAACAGUUCUUUCGUGGAAUUUUGAGGUUAAUUCGUCACGCAAACCAAGACGGCAGAUCCUUGGAUGAAAGUGCUUCUUCUCGCCUUGAGAGCAGACUUCGAAGUAUUGAGUUCUUCGGACUGAACGGAAUUGUGACCCAGUUGGAGUGUAAGGGAGUUAUUAUCCCUGGAAGUGAAGCAGAAGUUCCACAUUUUUUAGAAAAGGUUUCAAACGGAGGUAGAGAUGUUUGGAAGGUCUAUGUUAAUGCCGAGGCAGAAAAUACCGAUACCCAAAUGUCACUCACCCUAACGCAAGUGAUCUCUGAGGCGUGUGAGGGACUGUUGCGGGAGAAUGUUAUGUUUAUACCAGAGUUGUUGCGCACGAAGCCCAACAAGAUAUGGUCAAUCCUGGACCACAUGAGUAUCCGACAGGAUGAAUCAUACGAUCCGUCGCUGAGUGAUCUUUUACCUGAUCCAGGGGAUUUCAUUCCGAUUGAAGAUCAUCAUUUGCUGAACGAAGGCUUUGAAGAUUUCUCUCCCGGAGAGUAUGUUGGAUUCGAACUGGAGGAUCCCAGUCUAGAAGAGAAGAACGAAGAAGCUACCUUCAUAUAUGCCAUUAUAGUUGAAGAAAUCAAUAGCCAGGAAAAUGCAAGUGUCUAUACAAAACGUUACAAAGUCAAUGUUGGACAUGAAAAACAACUGCAGGUCGCCGAGUCUACAGAUUUGUAUAAAUUUCACAGCCUUCAAACUCAUUCGGAAAACCAAGAAAGGCCCACUUCAGAAGCAAGCAAAAAAGAAGUUUUAAUCAGAAUUGCUAAAGUGCUUAAAGUGGCAUGGAAUCUUCCUGAGAAAAGAAGAAUAAAGAUUAUAAAGCGUUUGUUUCUUCAGUGGCAUCCUGAAAAGAACAUUGGUGACGCCGAGCUCUACAACGAAGUCAUCCAGCAUCUUCAAAAUGAAAUUGGAAAGUUGGACAGCGGUGAAACUACGUGCAACCAAGUCAGCAGCUACAAACCCUUCUAUAAUGUCUGGACAAAGCGUGCGAAACUGCAUCAUACUCGACGCCAGGAAUACAGGGCAGCAUUUGACAAAAAAUAUGGAUCUCGGGAAACCUCAAAGACUCACAGUUUUAAGUCGGGAAUUCCUCCAAGUUUCUGCAAGAAGAAUCCUCAACCAGGUCAGGCACGACGUUGGUUUAGACAAGCGGAAGCCGACCUAAGGGCAGUUAAACAAGAUUUGGCGGUAGAAACUCCUUCCUACGAGUGGGCGUGUUUUAAGUCUCACCAGGUACACUGCUUAAUCGUUUAA